AUGGACAAGACUAGACGAGGAGAACCAAAAGAGAAGGGGUUGGAGAGAGAAAAGGGGAAGAGUGGUGGCCAAUGCGGAGAAAGAGAUGAGGGGAGUCAUAGAAAAAAACCGGGACAGGAGGAGGAGAAGAAACGGGGGCGGAGAGAAAUGGAGACCGUGUAUCUCCACUGCGGGAAGCUCCUCUCUACCAUUUUCAUGCAAUGUUCUAAUGUCCUCAACCCCUUCACCACAUAUGCCGAAUGCUCAACAACGCUCAUUCUUAUCUUCCCUCCUCCUUCCUAAUACACCCUGCUGAACUUAUCCGUCCGAGGAGAUCUCAUGAUAGCAGACCAAUUGAAAUUUUCGGCAAAUCCAAACGAACUUUACCGUUGUAGAUGCGGCUUGGGAGGAGCCGUGUGCCGUACACGGUUCGGUAAAUGGGGCGAUCCUGUUUUGCCGCUAUAGGGGAAACCGUUUGAUGGAACCGGGGAAAUGUGGUUGGAUGAGAUCACCUUACUAUUGGGCUGGGAGACGAGCUACAGAAAAUCAACGAGGGGGGGGGAAAUGGAUUUAGGGAAAAGUGUCCGUGUCUGUAGGGGGGCUAAAUCCUUCAAACCCCUUCUCACCUCCAGUGUCCUGCUGUAGGCUACCUUCAUCAGCCGUCCAAAUACCUUUAGGAGUGUCCGGCUGUAGGCUAGUCCUGGGAAUCACCGUCCUCAAACUUUAGUGGUCCAAUGCUGUAAGAAACUAAUCCAUUCACCGUCCUCGCUUUAGGUGGCCCUGGCUGGUAGGGGCAAUUUGGGCAACUACAAUUCACCGGGUCCUGCAGUACUUUAUUGGGAUCCUUCAAGAUGUAGGCAAUCCUUCCAAACGACGUCUCUCCUUUAAGUGAUCCUCGACUGUAGGAACUAACAAUCCUUCACACGUCCUCCUUUAGUGUCCUGCUGUAGGCUAAGCUCUACCGUCCGCCUGUGGGGUGAAGUAGUGUUCGUGCUGUAAGCUAUGCCUUCACACCUUACCUCCUUUAGUGUCCUGCUGUCGCUAUCCUUCACCGCCUCCUUUAAAAAAGUGGUGCCUGGCAUUAGGCUAUCCGUUCACGCGGCGCCUCCCGUAGUGUCCUGCUGUAGGCUAUUCCUUCCCCGUCCUCCUUAGAUGCCUGCUGUAGGCUAGAUCGCUCCUUCACCGUCCUCGUUUAGUGGUCCGCUGUAGGCUAAAUCCUUCACCGUCCUCUCUUUAGUGUCCUGCUGUAGGCGUUAAUCGGCUUACACCCGUCCUCCCCAUUGGUCCCUGGCUGUAAGGCUGAUCCUUCACCACGUCCUCACUCCAGUGUCCUUGCUGCUAGGCUGUCCUUCACCGUCCUCCUCCCGUGUCUGCUGGUGGGUAGGCUCAUCCUUCACUCCUUCCUCCAGUGUCCUGCUGUAGGCUAUCCUUCACCGUCCUCCUCCAGUGUCCUGCUGUAUGCUAUCCUUCACCGUCCUCCUCCUCCAGUGCCUAGCUAAGUAGGCUAUGAGAGAGGAAAUAGAAAAAUAAAGAAAACCAAAAGACCUUGAAUGAGUAGUUGUGUCAAAAAUCUUUAUAGACUGGGUACUAGUACACUGACUAUAAUAGCCCUUGGUCAUGGGUCUGAUCUUAACCUACAACGGGGGUAGGGACCAUGCAGACGUCGUCUAGUGAAGGCCCGUCAGAACGCGUCUAGGGGGUGGGACCAUCAGCCGUCUCAGUGGAACCCAUCAGAAAAACCGUCUAGUGAAGCCAUCAAGGACCUUCCUCUGAACCAUCAUACCGUCUAGAGUGACCAUCCACCAUCAGGACGCCGGUCUAUGAACCUCAGCCGUGCUAGUGUACCAUCAGUAACCACCAGACCGUCUAUGUGAAGAGAACCCUCAGACCGUCUAAGUGACAUCAGACCGUCUAGUGGACCGAUCAGACCGUCUAGUGUCCCAAUCAGACCGGCUAUUGGCGCCCUCAGGACAGUCUAGUGGACCAAUCAGACCGUCCUAGUGGAACCAUCAACCGUCUAGUGGACAUCAGAGAACCGUCUGUGGACCCUCAGAAACCAUCCAGAACCGAUCUAGUGAAGCCGAUCAACCAUCAGAACCGUCUAGGUGAACAUCAGAACCAUCAACCUGUCGAGUGGGACAAUCGGACCAUCAGACCGUCUAGUGAACCAUCAUACCAUCAGAAACCGGUCUAGUGAACCAUCAGUCUAGUGAACCAUCAGACCGCUAUUGGACGCAUCAGACCAUCUAUUGGAGCCAUCAUACCGUCUAGGUGGACCAUCAACCGUCUAGUGGACCAUCAGACCGUCUAGUGGACCAAUAAGACCAUCAGAACCGUCUAGUGGGAACCAUCAAACCGUCUAGUGGACAUCAGAACCGUCUAGGGACCAUCAACCUCUAGUGACCAUCAUACCGUCUAGUGUGGGACCAUCGAGACCCGUCUGUGAAACCAUCAGAGGAGACCGUCUAGUGAACCAUCAGAACCGUCUAGUUGGACCAUCAGAACCGUCGUAGUGUACCAUCAGGAACCGUCUAGUGGAGCCAUCAGACCGUCUAGUGUACCACAACCGUUGACCCUCAGCCGUCUAGUGAACCAUCAGAACCGUCUAUAUUUACCAUCAGAACCGUCUAGUGAACCAUCAGACCGUCUAUUGACCAUCAGAACCGUUCUAGUGACCAUCACAUCAUACCGUCUAGUGAACCAUCAGCUCGUCUAGUGAACACCAUCAACCAUCUAUUGGACAUCAGACCGUCUAGUUGAACCAUCAUACCAUCUAGUGAAUGCAUCACAGGGACGCUAGUGAGUACGCAUCAGACCGUCAGUGUGACCAUCAUGAACCAUCAGAACCGUCUAGUGGACCCAUCAGAACCGUCUAGUGAACCAUGCAUGACCGUCUAGAUGACAAUCAGCUCGUCUAGUGAACCAUUCAUACCGGUCUCUUGUAACCAUCAGACCGCUAGAUGUGACCAUCAUAGCCGUAAGUGACCAUCGAACCAUCAGACCGUCUAUUAAACCAGCAGACCAUCAGAACCGUCUAGUGACACCAUCAGACCGUCGAGUGGACCAUCAUACCGUCUAGUGAACCAUCAAGACCUCCGAUAUCCGUCUAGUGAAAACCCGAUCAUACCAUCAACCGUCUAGUGAACCAUCAGACCAUCAGACCUUCUCAGUGAACCAUCAGCCGUCUAUUGGGACCAUCACGUCUAGUGAACCAUCAGAUACAGUCUAGUGAACCAUCAGACCGUCUAGUGACCAUCAGACCGGCUAGUGAACCAUCAGACCAUCCAUACCGUCUGUGAACCAUCAGACGUCUAGUGGACCCAUCCAGACCGUCUAUUGACCAUCAGACCAUCUAGUGGACCAUCAGACGUCUAUGACCAUCAGAAACCGGCCUAGUGAACCAUCAGACCGUCUAUUGGAACCAUCAUACUCGUCUAUGUGAACCAUCAGAACCGUCUAGUGGACGCAUCAGCCGUUGACCCUCAGACCGUCUAGUGAACCAUCAGACCGUCUAGUGGAACCAUCAUACCAUCAGACCGUUCUAGUGAACCGAUCAGAAACUCUAGUGACCAUCAGACCUUGGCCAUCAGACUCGGCUAGUGAACCAUCAGAAGAAACCGUCUAGUGAACCAUCAGACCGUCUAGUGAACAUCAUACCAUCUAGUGGAGCCAUCAGACCAUGCAGACCGUCUAGGUGGACCAUCAACCGUCUAAGUGUACCAUCAGACCGUCUAGUGGACCAUCAGAACCGUCUAGUGGACCAUCAGACCGUCUAGUGGGACCAUCCUAGACCUCUAGUGGCCAUCAUACCGUCUAGUGUACCAUCAGACCGUCUAGUUGACAUCAGAACCGUCUGUGAACCAUAACCUUCUAGUGACAUCAGACCGUCUAGUGGACCAUCAGAACCGUCUAAGUGACGCAUCAGACCGUCUGUGGACCAUCAGACCAUCUAGUGGACAUAGACCGUCAGUGAACCAUCAGACCAUCAGACCCUUAGUGGACACAUACCGUCUAUGGACCAUCAGACCAUCAGAACGUCUAGUGGCCCAUCAGACCAUCCGACCGUCUAGAUGGACAUCAGACCGUCUAGAGUGGAUCCGUCAGACCGUCUAGUGGACCAGCAGACCGUCUAUGGACCAUAGAGUCUAGUGGAGCCAUCAGACACGUCUAGUUGUACCAUCGACGUCUAGUGUACCAUCAGACCGUCCUAGGGACCAUCAGACCGUCUAGUGGAAGCAUCAGACCGUCUAGUGGAACCAUCAGACCGGUCUAGUGUACUCAUCAGAACCGGUCUAGUGACCUCAUACCGUCUAUGGCCAUCAGAACCGUCUAGUGAACCAUCAGACCAUCUAUUGGACCUCAGACCAUCAGACCGUCUAGUGAACCAUCCAGACAGACGCGUCUAGUUGACCAUCAUACCAUCAGACCGUCUAGUGGACCAUCAGACCGUCUAGUGGACCAUCAGAACCGCUAGUGACCAUCUAACGUCUAGUGAAAACCAUCACCGUCUGAGUUACCAUCAGACCAUCUAGUGGACCAUCAGAACCCUCAAACCGUCUAGUGACCAUCAGAAAAAACCCGUUUUUUCCCCCUAUUGUACCAUCGACCGUCUAAGUGGACGCAUCAGACCGCUAGUGGACCAUCAGAGACCGUCUAGUGGACCAUCAGACCGUCUAUUGGAUGAACCAUCAACCGUCAGUGACCAUCAGAACCCGUCUAGUGCACAUCAUAAACCGUCUAUUGAACCAUCAUACGUCUAGUUGACCAUCAAGAACCGUCUAGUGGAGACCAGCAGACCGUCUAGUGAACCAUCAUACACUUCUAUUGGACUCAUCUAACGCAUCUGUGGGAAAACGCAUCAACACCUCUAUUGGACCAUCAGACCUCAGACCGUCUAGUGACCCCUCAGACCAUCAGACCGUCUAGUUGACCCUCAGCCGUCUAGUUUAGACCAUACAGACCAUCAGACCAUCUAGUGUACCAUCAGACCGUCUAGUGGACCAAUCCGAUACCGUCUAGUGGACCAUCCAACCGUCUAGGUGGAACCAUCAGACCGUCUAGUGGACCAUCGCCGCUAGUGAACCAUCAGACCGUGGACCAUCAUAAACCGUCUACUAUUGUACCAAUCAGACCGUCUGUGGUACGCAAUCAGACCGUCUAUUGGACCAUCAACCAUCAUCGUCUAGGGACCAUAGACCAUCUAGUGAACCAUCAAACCUCCGCUAGUUGCCUCAUCAGACCGUCUAGUGGACCAUCAGACCCGUCUAGUGACACGCAUCAGACCGUGACCAUCAGCCCUUCUAUUGGACCAUCAGACCGUCUAGUGGCCCAUCAGACCAUCAUACGCGUCUAGUGCACCAUCGAGAACCGUCUAGUGAAAACCAUCAGACCGUCUAUGAAGCCAUCAGACCGUCUAAGUGACCAUCAUACCGUCUAGUGCAACCAUCAGACCGUCUAGUGGACCAUCAGACCGUCUAGUGGACCAUCAGACGUCUAGUGGACCAUCAGACGCGUCUAGUGAAAGGGGAGUUUGUAAUGAUGUAAAUACGAGGACUACAGAAUGGUUGUGGGAUGGGGGGAGAAGAUGACGGGUUUAGGUGAGAGGUAAAACAUAGGAGGUGGGAAGGAGACGGAAAGGAAGUAGUAUGGAUAGGGGUACAGUGAACGUGGGUAUCAAAAAGGGAUGACGAGGAGGUAGGUGUGGAAGAAUGGCGAUUGCGGGGUGGAUUGAGAAAGCAGGGGAGAGGGUGUGGGGGUAAAGUUAUAGGGGGAACGGGAAACCUCCCGGCGGAGUGAGUGGGAAUUAAGAGAUGGGGAUGCGUGGUUUUGAAGGGGGUAAAAGGGCGAUGAGGCAUUGGGAUGAACACAGAGAGCCUGCGAGGAUGUCGGAGUGAGGGAUUGACCAGUAUUGGAGUAUGAGGAAGUUGUGAGGGUUCCCGUCCUCCCACUACUGCUUUCUCUCUUUCCCCCAUCGCAUUCACCGUCUUAAGUGGACCAUCAGACGUCUAGAGUUGACCAUCAGACCAUCAGACCGUCUAGUAACCAAUCGGACCAUCAGACCGUCCUAGGAACCCAGACCGCCUAGUGAACCAUCAGAGGACCGUGGACCAUCAGACCGUCUAGUGGACUGCAUCAGACCGUCUAGUGGACCAUCAGACCGUCUAGUAACCAUCAUACCGUCUCGUGAACAUCAUACAGACCGUCUAGGUGGAACCAUCAGACCGUCUAGUGGGACCAUCAGAACGACACCGUCUGUCCCCAUCAGACCCGUCUAUGAACCAUCAACCCGUCUAGUGUACCAUCAGACCGUCUAUGUGGACCAUCAUACCGUCCUAGUGGACCAUCAGACCGUCUAGUGGACCAUCAGACAUCAGACCUUCAUGGGAACUCAUCAGACCGUCCUAGUGGCCCUCAAGAACCGUCUGAUUGGACCAUCAGUCAACCGUCAGUGAACCAUAGACGCAUCUAACGCUAGUGAACACAUCAGACCGCUAGUGGACCAUCAGACGACUCUCUAUGGACCAUCAGACUCGUCUAGUGAACCAUCAGACAUCAGAUGACUCGUCUAGUGGACUCCUCAGACGUCUAGUGACUCAUAGACAGACCCGUCUAGUUGACCCAUCUAACCGUCUAGUGGACCAUCAGACCGUCUAGUGUGACCAUCAUGCCGUCUAGUUGACUCUAUCAGAAGACCGUCUAGUGACCAUCAGACCGUCUAGUGGACCUCAGACCAUCUAGUGGACCAUCAUACCCAAUCUAGUGGACCUCAGACCGUCUAGUGGACAUCAGACCAAUCAGACCGUCUAGUGAACCAUCAGAUACAGUCUAUUGAACCAUCAGAAACCGUGCCUAGUGGACCAUCAGAGACCGUCCUGUGGACCUACAAACCGUCUAGUUGACCAUCAGACCAUCUAGUGGACUCAUCAGACCUCAGGACCGUCUCGUGGACCAGCAACCGUCGAGUGGACCAUCAGACCGUCUAAGUGGACCAUCAGAAGCAGAGCCGCUAGUGGACCAUCAUACCAUCUAUGGACCGAUCACGGAAACCUGCUAUUGGACAAUCAUACCGUCCUAGUGACCAUCAGACCGUCUAGUGAACCAUCAGACCGUCAGUAGUGGCCAUCAGACCGUCUAUGGACCUCAUACGUCUAGUGUACCAUCAGACCGUCUAGGACGCAUCAGCGUCUAUUGGGACCAUCAGAACCAACCUUCGUGACCAUCAGACCAUCUAGUGGACCAUCAGCCGUCCUUGAACCAUCAGACCGUCUAGUGGACCAUCAGACCGUCUAAUGGACGUCAUCAGAACGUCUGUGAACCGUGUGGGGCGCUGACCAUCCGAAGACCGGGGUUCUAGUGCAGCCUUCAGACCGUCUAGUGAACAUCGAGACCGUCGAGUGUCCACAGAUCAGCCUCUAGUGAACCAUCAGAUACAGUCUAGUGAACCAUCAGACCCGUCUAGUGAACCACGAGACCGUCUAGAUGGCCAUCAGAACAUCAGAACCGUCUAGGUGGCCAUCAACCUGGUCUAGUGGACCAUCAGACCAUCAGACCGUUCUAGUGGACUCAUCAUCCGUCUAUGACCAUCAACCAUCGAAGAACCGUCUAGUGGACCAUCAUACCAUCGACCGUUCUAUGGACCAUCAGACCAUCUAGUGCCGGCGCAGACCGUCUAGUGUACCAUCAGGACUCGUCUAGUGAACCAUCAGACUCGUCUAGUGAACCCUCAGAACCGUCUAUGUGGACCAUCAGACCAUCUAGUGAACUCAGACCGUCUAGUGGACCAUCCAGACCGUCUAAAGUGAACCAAUCAACCGCUAUUGAACCUCAGACCGUCUAGUGGACCAUCAGACCAUCUAGUGGACCAUCAAAUAACCGUCUAUGGAGACCAUCAGACCGUCUAGUGGACCAUCAGCAGACCAUCUAGUGACCACUCAUAAGACCUGUCUAGUGAAUCCAUCGACCGCGAGUGAAUUCCAUCAAGAAACCAUCAAACCUUCUAUUGAACCUCAGAACCGUCUAGUGGACCAUCAGACCGUCUAGUGACCAUCAGACUCAUCAACCGUCUAUUGAACCAUCAGACCAUCAAGAUACCGUCGAGUGUACCAUCCAGACCAUCAGAACCGUCGAGUGGACCAUCAGACCAUCAGACCGUCUUAGUGACCAUCAGACCAUCAUACCAUCUCCCUUAGCGUCUAGUGGAAACCAUCAGACCUCAGACCGUCGAGUGACCAUCAGACCGUGUCUAGGGGACCAUCAGACCAUCAGACCGUCUAGUGGACCAUCAGACCAUCAGCAGCCGGCUAGUGGACCAUCAGACCAGCAUACCGUCUAUUGGACCAUCAACCGUCUAGUUACCAUCAGACGACCGUCUAUUGAACCAUCGACCGUCUGUGAACCAUCAACGUCUAGUUGACCAUCAGACCGUCUAUUGGGACCAUCAGGACCGUCUAGUGGACCUCAGACCGUCUAGUGGACCAUCAGGACUUCUAUAGUGAAGCCAUCAGAACCAUCAGACCGUCUAGUGGAUCCAUCGACCAGUCAGACCGUCCGUGGACCCUCAGCCCAUCAGACCGUCUAGUGGUACCAUCAGACCGUCUCGUGGACCAUCAUGAAUCAGAACCGUCUAGUGAACAUCAGAGACCUCUAGUGGACCAAUCAAACCUUCUAUGAACAUCAGAACCGUCUAGUGGAGCCAUCAUAGACCCGUCUAGUUAACCUCAGACCGUCUAGUGAACCACCAUCAGAACCGUCUAGUGACGCUCAGACCAUCUAGUGGACCUCAUAACCGUCUAUUUGACCAUCAUACCUCUAGUUGACCAUCAUGACCAUCUAGUGGACCAUCAGACCAAUCUAGUUGGAACCAUCAAGAACAAAUACGUCUAGUGGACCAUCUAACCGGUCUAGUGGAACCAUGCAGACAUCAUACCUUCUAGUGAACCAUCAGACCAUCAGACCGUCGAGUGAAACCAUCAGAGACCAUCAGGACCGUCUAGUGAAACCAUCAGACCUCAGACCGUCUGUGACUCAUCAGACCCGUCUAGGGACCAUCAGACCCAUCAGACCUUCUAGUGGACCAUCAUACCAUCAGACCCGUCUAGUGGACCAUCAGUGACCAUCCAGAACCGUCUAUGGACCAUCUAACCAUGCUAUUGGACCAUCUACCUGCUAAGUGCACCAUCAAAGAGACCGUCAGUGGAACAUCAUACCGUCUAGUGGACCAGUCAGACCGUCUAGUGGCUCAUCAAGACCGUCUGUGAACCAUCAGACCUUCUAUGAACGCUCAGACCGUCUAUUGGAAACCAUCAGAUACCUUUUUUUUUUCCACCCCCCUCCCCCCCCCCGAGUGGACCAUCAGACCGUCUAGUGAACCAUCAGACCGUCAUAGUGAACCAUCAUGACUGUCAUCAGACCGUCUAGUGGAAACCCUCAGAAAACCGUCUGUGAACCAUCAUAACCAUCAGAAGCCGCUAGUGAACCCAUCAGACCGUCUAUGAACCCAUCAUAACCGUUCUAUUGGACAUCAGAAACCGUCUAUUGAAUAACCAUCAGACCGUCUAGUGGACCAUCAGACCGUCUAGUUAACAUCAGGCCAUCAGAAACUCUAGUGAACAUCAUGACCGUUAGUUAACCAAUCAUAACGUCUAGUGAACCAUCAGACCGUCUAGUGAACCAUCAGACCAUCAGACCGUCUAGUGAACCAUCAGACCGUCUAGUGAACCAUCAGACCGUCUAGUGGACCAUCAGACCGUCUAGUGAACCAUCAGACCGUCUAGUGGACCAUCAGACCGUCUAGUGAACCAUCAGACCAUCAGACCGUCUAGUGAACCAUCAGACCGUCUAGUGAACCAUCAGACCGUCUAGUGGACCAUCAGACCGUCUAGUGGACCAUCAGACCGUCUAGUGAACCAUCAGACCGUCUAGUGAACCAUCAGACCAUCAGACCGUCUAGUGAACCAUCAGACCGUCUAGUGGACCAUCAGACCGUCUAGUGAACCAUCAGACCGUCUAGUGAACCAUCAGACCUCAGACCGUCUAGUGGACCCAUCAGACCGUCUAGUGGACCAUCAGACCGUCUAGUGAACCAUCAGACCGUCUAGUGGACCAUCAGACCGUCUAGUGAACCAUCAGACCGUCUAGUGAACCAUCAGACCGUCUAGUGGACCAUCAGACUCAAUUGGGUUGAGGUCAGGUGAUUGUGGAGGCCAGGUCAUCUGAUGCAGCACUCCAUCACUCUCCUUCUUGGUAAAAUAGCCUGGAUGUGUAUUGGGUCAUUGUCCUGUUGAAAAACAUAUCAUAGUCCCUCUAAGCCCAAACCAGAUGGGAUGGUGUAUCACUGCAGAAUGCUGUGGUAGCCAUGCUGGUUAAGUGUGCCUUGAAUUCUAAAUAUAUCACAGACAGUGUCACCAGAAAAGCACCCCCACACCAUAACACCUCCUCCUCCAUGCUUUACGGUGGGAAAUACACAUGCAGAGAUCAUCCGUUCAUCCACACCGCAUCUCACAAAGACAUGUCUCCUCUGAACAGUUGAUGUUGAGAUGUAUCUGUUACUUGAACUCUGUGAAGCAUUUAUUUGGGCUGCAAUUUCUGAGGCUGGUAACUCUAAUGAACUUAUCCUCUGCAGCAGAGGUAACUCUGGGUCUUCCAUUCCUGUGGCGGUCCUCACGAGAGCCAGUUUCAUCAUAGCUUGAUGUUUUUUGCGACUGCACUUGAAGAACCUUUCAAAGUUCUUGACUGACCUUCAUGUCUUAAAGUAGUGAUGGAUUGUCAUUUCUCUUUGCUUAUUUGAGCUGUUCUUGCCAUAAUAUGGACUUGGUCUUUUACCAAAUAGGGCUAUCUUCUGUAUACCCCCCCCCCCCCCCCCCCCCCUCUCCACCCCACACACACACCUUGUCACAACACAACUGAUUGGCUCAAACGCAUCAAGAAGGAAAGAAAUUCCAGAAAUUAAUUUUAAACAAGGCACACCUGUUAAUUGAAAUGCAUUCCAGGUGACUACCUCAUGAAGCUGGUUGAGAGAAUGCCAAGAGUGUGCAAAGCUGUCAUCAAGGCAAAGGGUGGCUAUUUGAAGAAUCUCAAAUAUAAAAUAUAUUUUGAUUUGUUUAACACUUUUUUGGUUACUACAUGAUUCCAUAUGUGUUAUUUCAUAGUUUUGAUGUCUUCACUAUUAUUCUACAAUGCAGAAAAUAGUAAAAAUAAAGAAAAAGCCUUGAAUGAGUAGGUGUGUCCAAACCUUUGACUGGUACUGUGACUUAAACAGAGACGGAACAAAUCUAAAGUGCUGGAACUGAAGAGGAGAGAAGCUCCAUGACAGACUAUAGCCCUCUCCUUUAUAACCGUGGCACUAUGUCAUGGCCAUGGAAAGACAGAAGACAUUUUAUUUCUAUGGUCAUGAUCUCCUUUAUAACCGUGGCACUAAACUAAGUCAUGAUAUGCAGUAUUCACCAUGCCACUGCCUUGUCAUCACUAAGCUUUUAAUUCAGAACAAUACAUGUGACUUGAUGGUGGAACACAGUUAAACGGGUGGUGAAUGAUGCCAGAGUCUAGAUACAUUUUUACAUUUACAUUUUAGUAAUUUAGCAGACGCUCUUAUCCAGAGCGACUUACAUGAGCAAUUAGGGUUAAGUGCCUUGCUCAAGGGCACAUCGACAGGUUUUUCACCUAGUCAGCUCGGGGAUUAGAACCAGCAGACCCGUCGCCAGACCUCAGUCUUAAGGGGGGCAUAUGAAAUGCAUGGGAGGGCACGGCACAAUUAUUAUUAGCCUACAGUACGUAUAUUUAAUAAUACAUUCCCUCAAGUGGGGGGGGGGGGGGCACAAGCAUUUUUGGGGGCGGGCCCGGCCCCCUAUGGCCCGCCCAUAGCGACGGGUGUGAGAACCAGCAACCUUUCGGUUACUGGCACAACGCUCUUAACCACUAAGCUACCUGCCGCCAGAUACUGUCUUAUUGAGAGACACAGAUCAGGCAAGGACAGAAUUGUAUUAGCUCGGUUUCAAGGGUGUUUAUUUAAAUAAUAAACAAAGAGAAAAUAAUUGGUCUCCUCCAGGAGACCUCCUCCGGGAUACCGUCUUCUGGGCACAAAACCAAGCUCCCUCCAUUAUCUCUGGUACUGAGCACGACUAUACCAGAGUAACCUCUCAUCCCCAGUCUCCACCCCCGUGUGCUGCCCUUCUGGCAGCUUCAUGGGACUCGUCCAGCUGGUGAGCAAUCAUCCCCUUGAUUACUCACCCACCUCAAUCAGCCCCAAUUAGUCCUGGCCAGAGAGCCCGUCGAGACCUGGCACGUCCAGCAGAGGGAGCCACCGUCGUGUGAUGUAGACUGCGUCUGUCACCAGGCCUUGACGAGUCUCCCCCUGGUGGCUAACCUGCGGUACGCCACACGGCAAUAUAAUGCCUCAGGCUUAAUGAUGAUGUAUACAUUUUGUCCAAGACAAAAACCUUUUUUCCCUUUCAUUUAUUGGCGUCACCCCGUAGGACAUUUUGUCACAUCGAUGGACGAUAUACAACAGGCAGUCAGUCACAUUUUACUGUUAAAACAGAAUUAAUUACACUUUCAGAAGUUUCUGAGCACUGUAAAAAUGCUUCUGAACAUCACCAAUGGAUCCUCCUUAAAGGAUUUGAAGUGGGGGGCGCUGAUGAGCAGCAACAUGUGAAGACGCGUUUUCUCGGUGCUCCUGUCCGAACAAUUUACUAUUAAUAUUUCACCAACACCUCCCCUACCGCAUUAAUUUUGUUACAUUUUAUUAGGAAUCAAACCCAAUUCACUAAUUUUGUUAUUUCUCCUGUUUUAGUUUUUUCGCCCUUUCAUUGUAAAAUGUCGAAACAACAACGGCCAUGAGUCACAAAAGAGCCUCUACUAAAUCCUCGCGCUCACCGGACUCUGACCCCCCCUGACCCUCCCGACCCCCCUGACCCCCCUGACCCCCCCUGACCCCCCCGACCCCCCCUGACCUAGCCAAGGUAAUGGCGGCUAUCACUAAGUCUGAACAGACUGUGCUGGCUAAGGUGGAGUCCAUAUCCACUGACCUAUCUAUCUACCUAUCCACACAAAUAGCCACUCUCACCACCGAGGUCAACACAAAGACACUCCGUUAAAGAAGACUUGGCGAAACAGGAAGCCCGUCUGAGUAACCUGGAGGGCGGCGCAAAUACUUCCUCCGACAAAGUGGUGGUGGUGGUGACAAGAGCAAGUCACCCGGCUAUCAUCAGGUGUCGUCAAACUUACUUCCAAGGUCGAGGACCUCGAGAACAGACAGCACUGGGGGAACGGCGUAAGAGAGGGACUCGAGACCGUAGGUGGAUUGCUGCCUACCCUGUUCAUAGCUAAACUGCUCCAGGAAAUCCUAGGCCUCGAUUACGCCACCCACCCUUGACCGUGCGCACAGAAGCUUACAGUCCGCACCGAAGAAUGGGGAGCCGCCCAGCCCCAUCGUAGUCAAAUUCCUUUCAGAAGAAAGAGGAUGUCCUCCGUAAGGCAUCACGACCGGCUCCCAUCACCCACGGCGGCCUGAAGAUUCACAUUUACCCAGACUACAUGGCGGCAGUCAUGAAGAAAAGGUCGGCCUUCAACAAGGUUUAUUUUUAUUAGGAUCCCCAUUGGCUAACGCCGUAACGUUAGCUAAUCUUCCUGGGGUCCAACACCAAUUAAUAAGACAUUACAAACAAUUACAAAUUAAGACUUUACAAACAUUUAACAAGUAGACAAUACAGACAAUUAAAAUACCUGACAGGUAACACAUUUAACAUUCAGUUGAUGCUUUCUGUUUCCUGUCACAUGGUCUAUCACAUUAGAUGGUAUUUUAGUUUUUUCUUGAAGGUGGAUUUACUUUUUGCCUGAGAAAUAUGGAUUGGUAAAGAGUUCCAUUCAGCUAUGGCUCUAUAUAAAACUGUAGAUUUAAGGCGAUUUGUCCUUGGCUUGGGUUGUCUUAGAUGCCCUGAAUUUACCUGUAUGGUUUGGUGGUUAUGCAUGUUGUUAGUAUGUACUAACUGGUCUGAAAAAUACUGUGGUUUUUUUAAAAAUAUAACAUUCCUAAAGAAAAUCAGAAAACUGGAUAGUAAUUUGUUUUCAGCGUGAAGCCAUGAGAGAUUCUGAUGCAUUUGGAUAAUAUUCAUACAGAUAGAGCAAUGAAGAGCUAAUCUGGCAGCCCUGUUAUGAUAGAGCAAUGAAGAGCUAAUCUGGCAGCCCUGUUAUGAUAGAGCAAUGAAGAGCUAAUCUGGCAGCCCUGUUAUGAUAGAGCAAUGAAGAGCUAAUCUGGCAGCCCUGUUAUGAUAGAGCAAUGAAGAGCUAAUCUGGCAGCCCUGUUAUGAUAGAGCAAUGAAGAGCUAAUCUGGCAGCCCUGUUAUGAUAGAGCAAUGAAGAGCUAAUCUGGCAGCCCUGUUAUGAUAGAGCAAUGAAGAGCUAAUCUGGCAGCCCUGUUAUGAUAGAGCAAUGAAGAGCUAAUCUGGCAGCCCUGUUAUGAUAGAGCAAUGAAGAGCUAAUCUGGCAGCCCUGUUAUGAUAGAGCAAUGAAGAGCUAAUCUGGCAGCCCUGUUAUGAUAGAGCAAUGAAGAGCUAAUCUGGCAGCCCUGUUAAGAUAGAGCAAUGAAGAGCUAAUCUGGCAGCCCUGUUAUGAUAGAGCAAUGAAGAGCUAAUCUGGCAGCCCUGUUAUGAUAGAGCAAUGAAGAGCUAAUCUGGCAGCCCUGUUAUGAUAGAGCAAUGAAGAGCUAAUCUGGCAGCCCUGUUAUGAUAGAGCAAUGAAGAGCUAAUCUGGCAGCCCUGUUUUGAUAGAACAAUGAAGAGCUAAUCUGGCAGCCCUGUUAUGAUAGAGCAAUGAAGAGCUAAUCUGGCAGCCCUGUUAUGAUUGAGCAAUGAAGAGCUAAUCUGGCAGCCCUGUUAUGAUAGAGCAAUGAAGAGCUAAUCUGGCAGCCCUGUUAUGAUAGAGCAAUGAAGAGCUAAUCUGGCAGCCCUGUUUUGAUAGAACAAUGAAGAGCUAAUCUGGCAGCCCUGUUAUGAUAGAGCAAUGAAGAGCUAAUCUGGCAGCCCUGUUAUGAUAGAGCAAUGAAGAGCUAAUCUGGCAGCCCUGUUUUGAUAGAGCAAUGAAGAGCUAAUCUGGCAGCCCUGUUAUGAUAGAGCAAUGAAGAGCUAAUCUGGCAGCCCUGUUUUGAUAGAGCAAUGAAGAGCUAAUCUGGCAGCCCUGUUUUGAACGAUCUUGAGGUUUUUAUAUCUUUCUUUGCUGCAGAUGACCAUAUUACUGGACAGGUGUGAGAGGACCAAGGAGUGAAUCACCUGAUUCAGAGUGACAGGACCAGGGAUUGAAUCACCUGAUUCAGAGUGACAGGACCAGGGAUGAUCACCUGAUUCAGAGUGACAGGACCAGGAUUGAAUCACCUGAUUCAGAGUGACAGGACCAGGGAGUGAAUCACCUGAUUCAGAGUGACAGGACCAGGGAUUGAAUCACCUGAUUCAGAGUGACAGGACCAGGGAUUGAAUCACCUGAUUCAGAGUGACAGGACCAGGGAUUGAAUCACCUGAUUCAGAGUGACAGGACCAGGGAUUGAAUCACCUGAUUCAGAGUGCCAGGACCAGGGAUUGAAUCACCUGAUUCAGAGUGACAGGACCAGGAUGGAAUCACCUGAUUCAGAGUGACAGGACCAGGGAUUGAAUCACCUGAUUCAGAGUGACAGGACCAGGGAUGGAAUCACCUGAUCAGAGUGACAGGACCAGGGAUGGAAUCACCUGAUUCAGAGUGCCAGGACCAGUGGAUGGAAUCACCUGAUUGAGAGUGACAGGACCAGGGAUUGAAUCACCUGAUUCAGAGUGACAGGACCAGGGAUGGAAUCACCUGAUUCAGAGUGCCAGGACCAGGGAUUGAAUCACCUGAUUCAGAGUGACAGGACCAGGGAUUGAAUCACCUGAUUCAGAGUGACAGGACCAGGGAUGGAAUCACCUGAUUCAGAGUGACAGGACCAGGGAUUGAAUCACCUGAUUCAGAGUGACAGGACCAGGGAUGGAAUCACCUGAUUCAGAGUGACAGGACCAGGGAUGGAAUCACCUGAUUCAGAGUGCCAGGACCAGGGAUGGAAUCACCUGAUUCAGAGUGACAGGACCAGGGAUUGAAUCACCUGAUUCAGAGUGACUGGACCAGGGAUGAAUCACCUGAUUCAGAGUGACAGGACCAGGGAUUGAAUCACCUGAUUCAGAGUGACAGGACCAGGGAUUGAAUCACCUGAUUCAGAGUGACAGGACCAGGGAUUGAAUCACCUGAUUCAGAGUGACAGGACCAGGGAUUGAAUCACCUGAUUCAGAGUGCCAGGACCAGGGAUUGAAUCACCUGAUUCAGAGUGCCAGGACCAGGGAUUGAAUCACCUGAUUCAGAGUGACUGGACCAGGGAUGAAUCACCUGAUUCAGAGUGACAGGACCAGGGAUUGAAUCACCUGAUUCAGAGUGCCAGGACCAGGGAUUGAAUCACCUGAUUCAGAGUGCCAGGACCAGGGAUGGAAUCACCUGAUUCAGAGUGACAGGACCAGGGAUGGAAUCACCUGAUUCAGAGUGACAGGACCAGGGAUUGAAUCACCUGAUUCAGAGUGACAGGACCAGGGAUUGAAUCACCUGAUUCAGAGUGCCAGGACCAGGGAUUGAAUCACCUGAUUCAGAGUGCCAGGACCAGGGAUUGAAUCACCUGAUUCAGAGUGACUGGACCAGGGAUGAAUCACCUGAUUCAGAGUGACAGGACCAGGGAUUGAAUCACCUGAUUCAGAGUGCCAGGACCAGGGAUUGAAUCACCUGAUUCAGAGUGCCAGGACCAGGGAUGGAAUCACCUGAUUCAGAGUGACAGGACCAGGGAUGGAAUCACCUGAUUCAGAGUGACAGGACCAGGGCUUUGAAUCACCUGAUUCAGAGUGCCAGGACCAGGGAUGGAAUCACCUGAUUCAGAGUGACAGGACCAGGGAUGGAAUCACCUGAUUCAGAGUGACAGGACCAGGGAUGGAAUCACCUGAUUCAGAGUGCCAGGACCAGGGAUGGAAUCACCUGAUUCAGAGUGACAGGACCAGGGAUGGAAUCACCUGAUUCAGAGUGACAGGACCAGGGAUUGAAUCACCUGAUUCAGAGUGACAGGACCAGGGAUGGAAUCACCUGAUUCAGAGUGACAGGACCAGGGAUUGAAUCACCUGAUUCAGAGUGCCAGGACCAGGGAUUGAAUCACCUGAUUCAAAGUGCCAGGACCAGGGAUGGAAUCACCUGAUUCAGAGUGACAGGACCAGGGAUGGAAUCACCUGAUUCAGAGUGACAGGACCAGGGCUUGAAUCACCUGAUUCAGAGUGCCAGGACCAGGGAUGGAAUCACCUGAUUCAGAGUGACAGGACCAGGGAUGGAAUCACCUGAUUGAGAGUGCCAGGACCAGGGAUGGAAUCACCUGAUUCAGAGUGACAGGACCAGGGAUUGAAUCACCUGAUUCAGAGUGACAGGACCAGGGAUUGAAUCACCUGAUUCAGAGUGCCAGGACCAGGGAUUGAAUCACCUGAUUCAGAGUGCCAGGACCAGGGAUGGGAAUCACCUGAUUCAGAGUGACAUGACCAGGGAUUGAAUCACCUGAUUCAGAGUGACAGGACCAGGGAUUGAAUCACCUGAUUCAGAGUGCCAGGACCAGGGAUGGAAUCACCUGAUUCAGAGUGACAGGACCAGGGAUUGAAUCACCUGAUUCAGAGUGCCAGGACCAGGGAUGGAAUCACCUGAUUCAGAGUGACAGGACCAGGGAUUGAAUCACCUGAUUCAGAGUGCCAGGACCAGGGAUUAAAUCACCUGAUUCAGAGUGCCAGGACCAGGGAUUGAAUCACCUGAUUCAGAGUGACAGGACCAGGGAUUGAAUCACCUGAUUCAGAGUGCCAGGACCAGGGAUUGAAUCACCUGAUUCAGAGUGCCAGGACCAGGGAUUGAAUCACCUGAUUCAGAGUGACUGGACCAGGGAUGAAUCACCUGAUUCAGAGUGACAGGACCAGGGAUUGAAUCACCUGAUUCAGAGUGCCAGGACCAGGGAUUGAAUCACCUGAUUCAGAGUGCCAGGACCAGGGAUGGAAUCACCUGAUUCAGAGUGACAGGACCAGGGAUGGAAUCACCUGAUUCAGAGUGACAGGACCAGGGCUUGAAUCACCUGAUUCAGAGUGCCAGGACCAGGGAUGGAAUCACCUGAUUCAGAGUGACAGGACCAGGGAUGGAAUCACCUGAUUCAGAGUGACAGGACCAGGGAUGGAAUCACCUGAUUCAGAGUGCCAGGACCAGGGACGGAAUCACCUGAUUCAGAGUGACAGGACCAGGGAUGGAAUCACCUGAUUCAGAGUGACAGGACCAGGGAUUGAAUCACCUGAUUCAGAGUGACAGGACCAGGGAUGGAAUCACCUGAUUCAGAGUGACAGGACCAGGGAUUGAAUCACCUGAUUCAGAGUGCCAGGACCAGGGAUUGAAUCACCUGAUUCAGAGUGCCAGGACCAGGGAUGGAAUCACCUGAUUCAGAGUGACAGGACCAGGGAUGGAAUCACCUGAUUCAGAGUGCCAGGACCAGGGAUUGAAUCACCUGAUUCAGAGUGACAGGAGAGUGACAGGACCAGGGAUUGAAUCACCUGAUUCAGAGUGACAGGACCAGGGAUGGAAUCACCUGAUUCAGAGUGACAGGACAGGUGUGACAGGACCAGGGCUUGAAUCACCUGAUUCAGAGUGCCAGGACCAGGGAUGGAAUCACCUGAUUCAGAGUGACAGGACCAGGGAUGGAAUCACCUGAUUCAGAGUGCCAGGACCAGGGAUGGAAUCACCUGAUUCAGAGUGACAGGACCAGGGAUGGAAUCACCUGAUUCAGAGUGACAGGACCAGGGAUUGAAUCACCUGAUUCAGAGUGACAGGACCAGGGAUUGAAUCACCUGAUUCAGAGUGACAGGACCAGGGAUUGAAUCACCUGAUUCAGAGUGCCAGGACCAGGGAUUGAAUCACCUGAUUCAGAGUGCCAGGACCAGGGAUUGAAUCACCUGAUUCAGAGUGCUAGAUGUUACAUACUCUGAACAUGUUCUUGUAAAAGCAAUUCCCAUCUAAAUAACAAUAUUAUCUGUGUUCUGACCAUGAUGAAGCUGCGUCCAACUGCUUGUUUUUCUCCAAGAGACCCAUCUCCGGUCCAGCGGCCAUGAUAAACUAAAGAGAGGAUGGGUCGAAGGCCAGAGGGGCAGCCGUCCUUAUCAGAAAAGGCACUGGUUUGCCUCCUCCAAAGUCAUUUCAGAUACUAAUGGCAGAUAUGUUAUAGUGAUGGGGAAACACAGGUUGUUCUGGCUAACCUCUAUGGUCCUAAUUUGGAUGACGCUACAUUUUCCUCUGACCUCAUUGCAACACUUCCCGACCUGAACGCUCAUCAUUUGAUAUUGGGCGGAGAUUUCAAUAGUGUAUUACAUCUAAGUCUAGACAGAUCCAGACCGAAGCCCAAAUCAGGCGCAGUAAUCAACUCAUUUCUAGAAUCCUAUAAUUUGUCUGAUCCAUGGAGGAGGACCAAUCCCACGGCUAAAAUAUACUCCUUUUUUUCUCCAGUCCACCGUUCAUACUCUAGGAUUGACUUUUUCCUGCUGGACAAUAGAAUUCUUCCUUUUGUAACUAAUAGCCAAUAUCACCGCAUAGCCCUGUCCAGCUAGAUAUCCGCUUUCCGGACAGUACUGUCAUAACGCGCGUGGCGACUUGACCCGCUAUCCUGUAGUGCCUUUACAAAAUACAUAUCACCUCACACCGAUGUCUUUUUACAGAUCAACUGCACCCCUGACGUGUCUCAUUCUACUGUGUGGGUGUUGUUAAAAGCAUAUCUAAUUAUUUCAUACACAGCGUAUGACAAACACCGCACUAAACGCUUAUCGGAGCUAUCUCAACUCGUUCUAGAUGUGGACAACAGAUAUGCCUCUUCUGCGACUCCUGAACUCUACAAAGAGAGAUUGCUACACCAAUCGGAAUUUGACAAGCUUUCCUCUAAACAAACGGAGCAGCUUCUGUUUAAAUCGAGGCAGACAUUUCAUGAACAAGGAGAGAAAUCUGGCAAGUUGUUCUCUCACCAGCUUGGACAAGCCGCUGUUAGCAGCACCAUAUCUGAAAUCUGUGUUGCAGCUGAUGUAACUUCUACCGAUCCCAAAGAAAGCAACAAUCAAUUUAAGCAAUUCUACUCUGCUCUUUCCUCUUCAGAGGCUCUUCCUGACACAUCUCGUAUGCAUGCAUUUGCACACACUGUAUAUAUAUUUUCUGUUUUUUUUAUUUUUUGACUUUAUGUUUUGUUUUACCCCAUAUGUAACUCUGUGUUGUUGUUUUUAUCGCACUGCUUUGCUUUAUCUUGGCCAGGUCCCAGUUGUAAAUGAGAACUUGUUCUCAACUGGCUUACCUGGUUAAAUAAAGGUGGAAUAAAUACAAUAAAAAAUGCAUUUCUAGACAUCUGGACAUCCCCGGUCUCAACUCAGAUGAACAAACUAACAUGGAUGCCUCAAUAAGUGAUGAGGAAGCUACUCGGGCAGAGCGGUAAAGCUCCUGGGCCUGAUGGCUUCUCUAUCCUCAGCUCAAUGUACAAGGAAAUCCUUUCUAGUCAGACACUUACCCAGAGACUUACCCAGAGACUUACCCAGACACUUACCCAGAGACUUACCCAGACACUUACCCAGAGACUUACCCAGAGACUUACCCAGACACUUACCCAGACACUUACCCAGACACUUACCCAGACACUUACCCAGACACUUACCCAGAGACUUACCCAGGCGACUAUUUAGGUUUUGCUUAAAAAGGACAAGAAUCCUUUAGACUGUGGCUCAUAACGCCCUAUAACCUUCUUGUGCUGCGAAGGUCCUCUAGCGCCGUUUAGAGACAGUGAUGCCUAAUAUAAUUAACUCUGACCAAACCGGAUUUAUCUCAGGUAGGCAAUCUUUCUAUAAUAUGCGCAGGCUAUUUAAUAUAUAUAAUAAAAUAAUAUAAUAAAUAAUAAUAUGCCAUUUAGCAGACGCUUUUAUCCAAAGCGACUUACAGUCACGCGUGCAUACAUUUUUGUGUAUGGGUGGUCCCGGGGAUCGAACCCACUACCUUGGCGUUACAAGCACCGUGCUCUACCAGCUGAGCUACAGAGGACCACGUUCUUUAUUCUUUAUUCUACCCACUCAACUCCACAGCCAGAGGUCAGAGGUCAGAGGUCGUCAUCUCUCUGGAUGCAGAGAAACCUUUCCACCGGGGUAUCUGGGAAUAUCUAUUUACAGUAGUAGAGCGAUUUGGGUUUGACCUGUCAUUCCUUUCAAGAUUUUGUACUCGUCUCCAGUGGCUUCUGUUCGCACCAAAAAGUUACCUCUAGCCACAGGUUGGCCAGGCAGCUACUUCCCUCUCCACAGGUUGGCCAGGCAGCUACUUCCCUCUCCACAGGUUGGCCAGGCAGCUACUUCCCUCUCCACAGGUUGGCCAGGCAGCUACUUCCCUCUCCACAGGUUGGCCAGGCAGCGGUCUUGUUAUCUCCCUGCAGGCGGAGGAGAGGAUGAAGGAAAUACUAAGUGGAGACAUAACUCACAAGGUGUCCUGAUAUGCAGACCAUCUUCUUCUAUACAUCUCUAACCCUGUGGAUUCUAUACCCUCUCUCUAACCCUGUGGAGUCUAUGCCCUCUCUCUAACCCCGUGGAGUCUAUACCCUCUCUCUAACCCCGUGGAGUCUAUACCCUCUCUCUAACCCUGUGGAGUCUAUACCCUCUCUCUAACCCUGUGGAGUCUAUACCCUCUCUCUAACCCCAUGGAGUCUAUACCCUCUCUCUAACCCUGUGGAGUCUAUACCCUCUCUCUAACCCUGUGGAGUCUAUACCCUCUCUCUAACCCUGUGGAGUCUAUACCCUCUCUCUAACCCCGUGGAGUCUAUACCCUCUCUCUAACCCCGUGGAGUCUAUACCCUCUCUCUAACCCCGUGGAGUCUAUGCCCUCUCUCUAACCCUGUGGAGUCUAUACCCUCUCUCUAACCCUGUGGAGUCUAUACCCUCUCUCUAACCCUGUGGAUUCUAUACCCUCUCUCUAACCCUGUGGAGUCUAUACCCUCUCUCUAACCCUGUGGAGUCUAUACCCUCUCUCUAACCCCGUGGAGUCUAUACCCUCUCUCUAACCCUGUGGAGUCUAUACCCUCUCUCUAACCCCGUGGAGUCUAUACCCUCUCUCUAACCCUGUGGAGUCUAUACCCUAUCUCUUGGACAUGCUCCAAGGUUUUGGGACAUUCUCUGGUUAUAAGUUACAGUGGGGAAAAAAAGUAUUUAGUCAGCCACCAAUUGUGCAAGUUCUCCCACUUAAAAAGAUGAGAGAGGCCUGUAAUUUUCAUCAUAGGUACACGUCAACUCUCCCUCGAUCUGGGGCUCCACGCAAGAUCUCACCCCGUGGGGUCAAAAUGAUCACAAGAACGGUGAGCAAAAAUCCCAGAACCACACGGGGGGACCUAGUGAAUGACCUGCAGAGAGCUGGGACCAAAGUAACAAAGCCUACCAUCAGUAACACACUACGCCGCCAGGGACUCAAAUCCUGCAGUGCCAGACGUGUCCCCCUGCUUAAGCCAGUACAUGUCCAGGCCCGUCUGAAGUUUGCUAGAGUGCAUUUGGAUGAUCCAGAAGAGGAUUGGGAGAAUGUCAUAUGGUCAGAUGAAACCAAAAUAGAACUUUUUGGUAAAAACUCAACUCGUUGUGUUUGGAGGACAAAGAAUGCUGAGUUGCAUCCAAAGAACACCAUACCUACUGUGAAGCAUGGGGGUGGAAACAUCAUGCUUUGGGGCUGUUUUUCUGCAAAGGGACCAGGACGACUGAUCCGUGUAAAGGAAAGAAUGAAUGGGGCCAUGUAUCGUGAGAUUUUGAGUGAAAACCUCCUUCCAUCAGCAAGGGCAUUAAAGAUGAAACGUGGCUGGGUCUUUCAGCAUGACAAUGAUCCCAAACACACCGCCCGGGCAACGAAGGAGUGGCUUCGUAAGAAGCAUUUCAAGGUCCUGGAGUGGCCUAGCCAGUCUCCAGAUCUCAACCCCAUAGAAAAUCUUUGGAGGGAGUUGAAAGUCUGUGUUGCCCAGCAACAGCCCCAAAACAUCACUGCUCUAGAGGAGAUCUGCAUGGAGGAAUGGGCCAAAAUACCAGCAACAGUGUGUGAAAACCUUGUGAAGACUUACAGAAAAAGCCAUAUUAUUCAUAGCUCAUCUGCUGCACAGGAAAAUACAACCUAACAACAUGACUGUGACUUCUAAUGAAUGAUCAGUGGAGUGCAACUACACAGCAGCACCAUCAUCCUCACACAACUGUAUGAACUUGAAUGUAUAUAGCUACAUCCACAAGGCUCAUUGCUAUCAAAAUACCCCCAUAAUCUAUACAGUAGACAUCCAUACAACCACAGCGCAUAUAAGACUAGACACUGGUGGACAUUUACAAUACACAGCUAAAUGUCUGAAAUGAGAUGACAGAAACAGGGUUAACAAGCUGACAGUUGCUAGCUCGCGGUAAACACUUCAAUUAGCAUAACAAAGAGGAGUCCACAUGAAGAGUCAGAAAUAUGAACUCACAUUUCUGAAGGACUGGCCUUGGCUAAAGCAAAGAAUGCUAACUAAAGGGAAUCACAGGCGAUGACUGUAACUUAUCACUUACCUUGUGUACUUUCUCUAGUUUCUUCCUUCUCCUCAGAGAUCGCACAGCACCUGUGGGCGGAGCUACAGCUCUCCUACGAUGAGCUCAUAUUUACUCUCAAUAGUCUUUCUUACUGUUGUGUCAAGUUGACUGGAUGUCCUUUGGGUGGUGGACCAUUCUGGAUGUCCUUUCGGUGGUGGACCAUUCUGGAUGUUCUUUGGGUGGUGGACCAUUCUGGAUGUCCUUUGGGUGGUGGACCAUUCUGGAUGUCCUUUGGGUGGUGGACCAUUCUGGGUGUUCUUUGGGUGGUGGACCAUUCUGGAUGUCCUUUGGGUGGUGGACCAUUCUGGAUGUCCUUUGGGUGGUGGACCAUUCUGGAUGUCCUUUGGGUGGUGGACCAUUCUGGAUGUCCUUUGGGUGGUGGACCAUUCUGGAUGUCCUUUGGGUGGUGGACCAUUCUGGAUGUCCUUUGGGUGGUGGACCAUUCUGGAUGUCCUUUGGGUGGUGGACCAUUCUGGAUGUCCUUUGGGUGGUGGACCAUUCUUGAUACACACAGGAAACUGUUGAGCGUGAAAACCCCAGCAGUGUUGCAGUUCUUGAGACAAACCGGUGCACCUGGCACCUACUACCAUACCCCCGUUCAAAGGCACUUCAAUAUUUUGUCUUGCCCAUUCACCCUCUGAAUGUCACACGUACACAAUCCAUGUCUCAAUUGUCUCAAGGCUUAAACAUCCUUCUUUAACCUGUCUCCUCCCCUUCAUCUACACUGAUUGAGGUGGAUUUAACAAGUGACAUCAAUAAGGGAUCCAUAGCUUUCACCUGGAUUCUCCUGGUCAGUCUGUCAUGGAAAGAGCAGGUGUUCUUAAUGUUUUGUACACUCAGUAUAAACAUUUACAUUUACAUUUACGUCAUUUAGCAGACGCUCUUAUCCAGAACGACUUACAAAUUGGUGCAUUCACCUUAUAGCCAGUGGGAUAACCACUUUACAAUAUGUUUAUUUUUUAAAUAUUUUUUUUGGGGGGUGGGGUAAGGGGGGGUAGAAGGAUUACUUUAUCCUAUCCCAGGUAUUCCUUAAAGAGGUAGGGUUUCAAGUGUCUCCGGAAGGUGGUGAGCGACUCCGCUGUCCUGGCGUCGUGAGGGAGCUUGUUCCACCAUUGGGGUGCCAGAGCAGCGAACAGUUUUGACUGGGCUGAGCAGGAACUGUGCUUCUGCAGAGGUAGGGGGGCCAGCAGGCCAGAGGUGGAUGAACGCAAUGCCCUCGUUUGGGUGUAGGGACUGAUCAGAGCCUGAAGGUACGGAGGUGCCGUUCCCCUCACAGCUCCGUAGGCAAGCACCAUGGUCUUGUAGCAGAUGCGAGCUUCAACUGGAAGCCAGUGGAGUGUGCGGAGGAGCGGGGUGACGUGAGAGAACUUGGGAAGGUUGAACACCAGACGGGCUGCUGCAUUCUGGAUGAGUUGUAGGGGUUUAAUGGCACAGGCAGGGAGCCCAGCCAACAGCGAGUUGCAGUAAUCCAGACGGGAGAUGACAAGUGCCUGGAUUAGGACCUGUGCCGCUUCCUGUGUAAGGCAGGGUCGUACUCUCCGAAUGUUGUAGAGCAUGAACCUACAUUCAAAAGGCCAAAGGACUAAGAAACUGACCCCUUUUAUGGCAAUGGCAGAGAAGUGCAAUGUUUCAUAAAUAUUUCUAUAAAGCUUCCAGUGUGUUAAGGUCAUGAGAUCAAGCCAUGUUUGCUAUACUUCUCAUUCCAAGAGAACCCUCCCCAAGAGAACCCUCCCCAAGAGAACCCUCCCCAGCCAAUGGUGCCCAAAUGCUGGAUCGAUGAUUAAUCACAGAAUUGUGCUUUUAGGGACAAAAAUGUAAUCAAUCAGAACUAUUUGGUAAUAUCCUGAAUAGACUUGGGGACUAUUGUUUCUUGAAAUACAUUUCUGUAUAAUAACUACAAAAGUAGGUGAAGGGAAUUUAAUUACAUUUUUCAUUAAUUUACUUAUGUUCAAAGUUCCACAACAUUACCAGGGUCAGACCAUUGGACAGUCAGACCAUUGGACAGUCAGACCAUUGGACAGUCAGACCAUUGGACAGUCAGACCAUUGGACAGUCAGACCAUUGGACAGUCAGACCAUUGGACAGUCAGACCAUUGGACAGUCAGACCAUUGGACAGUCAGACCAUUGGACAGUCAGACCAUUGGACAGUCAGACCAUUGGACAGUCAGACCAUUGGACAGUCAGACCAUUGGACAGUCAGACCAUUGGACAGUCAGACCAUUGGACAGUCAGACCAUUGGACAACAGACCAUUGGAAAAUGGUCACGUUUAGUUCAAAAUUGCAAGAAAACAAAUGAUACACUGCAUGAAUUUACUUAUUAUCCAAGUUUUAAAAAACAAAGCUUUUAGUUUUGUAUCACAAUUUUAGCCAAUUUAAGUUAAAUCAUAUUUGUGUUUGCCAUCAUGGACAAAAAAAGUCAUGUCAACUACUCAAUAUACAGUACAUUUCGUAUUGCACUUUUAUAUGAAAUGACAUUUAAUGAUACCUGUUAGAUGCCCAUGCUAUAGAGGUUGGCCAGCCAGACCAUUUAAUGAUACCUGUUAGAUGCCCAUGCUAUAGAGGUUGGCCAGCCAGACCAUUUAAUGAUACCUGUUAGAUGCCCAUGCUAUAGAGGUUGGCCAGCCAGACCAUUUAAUGAUACCUGUUAGAUGCCCAUGCUAUAGAGGUUGUACUGAUCCAGACCAUUUAAUGAUACCUGUUAGAUGCCCAUGCUAUAGAGGUUGGCCAGCCAGACCAUUUAAUGAUACCGGUUAGAUGCCCAUGCUAUAGAGGUUGUACUGAUCCAGACAGUGGGGCCCAUGCUAUAGAGGUUGUACUGAUCCAGACAGUGGGGCCCAUGCUAUAGAGGUUGUACUGAUCCAGACAGUGGGGCCCAUGCUAUAGAGGUUGUACUGAUCCAGACAGUGGGGCCCAUGCUAUAGAGGUUGUACUGAUCCAGACAGUGGGGCCCAUGCUAUAGAGGUUGUACUGAUCCAGACAGUGGGGCCCAUGCUAUAGAGGUUGUACUGAUCCAGACAGUGGGGCCCAUGCUAUAGAGGUUGUACUGAUCCAGACAGUGGGGCAGUAUGUGGGUACUGCAUGUAUGCAGUCAGAGGUUGGUAAUGACUGACUGGGCUUUUGAUUGGGGCUUGUUUAGAAUGGAAUCCUCCUAUAGCCUUGAUGACAAAGCCUCAACACAUCCUGUUGAUCUUUGGUACAUUUUUCAUGUAGAUAAUAAAUCAAAUGUCUAAGACCAUGUCGAUCUUUCUUACCUGUUGUAUAUUAGUAUUAAAUAUAAGCCAUUUUCUUUUUGGCUCCUACAGAAACCUCACGUUUCAAAAUUCUGAUAUGUUUUUUUUGUAUAAUUAGAAAAUACAUUAAAAAAUCUAAUUAAAAUCUACUAGGCCUACAUUAUUAGCGAACAAUUACCUAAAAGUGUGUUCGUGUAUUACAGUGUUACAAAAGCAUCAGUUUUGUAACAGCUUACCUUCAGCCUGUGUGUUAUAAAACGUGAAGCAGCCAGCGCGUGGAGCCAGCCACAAUAAGGAUUAGCCACAAUAGUGGAAGUUGCAGUUCGCCUUCAAGAUAAAGGUCUCUCAAUGAAACUGAAUCCAAACUGAUCCAACGAGUGGAAUGAUGCCAUAUUUGGACUAGAUAAUGAUAAACAAAGUUGGAAUGUUGUUAUACAAUAAUGAAAACAUUUGAUAAUAAACUGUAAAAAAAUUAAUUAUUAAAUGUUCAAUCUCACUGUGAAUGUAUUAGACCAUACACACUGAGUGGACAAAACAUUAAGAACACCUGCUAUAUCUAUGACUUAGAUUGACCAGGUGAAUCCAGCUGAAAGCUCUGAUCCCUUAUUGAUGUCACUUGUUAAAUCCACUUCAAUAAGCCUUGAGACAAUUGAGACAUGGAUUGUGUCUGUGUGCCAUUCAGAGGGAAAGACAAAAAGAUUGAAGUGCCUUUGAAUGGGGUAUGGUAGUAGGUGCCAGAUGCACUAGUUUGAGUGUGUCAAGAACUGCAACGCUGCUGGGUUUUUCAUGCUCAACAGUUUCCCGUGUGUUUCAAGAAUGGUCCAUCACCCAAAGGACAUCCAGCCAACUUGACACAACUGUGGGAAGCAUUGGAGUCAACAUGGGCCAGCAUGGGCCAGCAUCCCUGUGGAAUGGGCCAGCAUCCCUGUGGAAUGGGCCAGCAUCCCUGUGGAAUGGGCCAGCAUCCCUGUGGAAUGGGCCAGCAUCCCUGUGGAACGCUGGCCACAAAGAGUCUACACAAAUGUUAGCGUCGUUAUUAUUGCAGAACUUUGACUGUGGCAAAUCACCUCCCCAGUCAGUCUGUUGUGUGUGUUGGACAUCCAUAUUGGACUGUACAGCCUUACCUGAGGAGUGGGCACCAUGAAACGGAGUAUCAGCCUACUCAGUGACACCCACAGAACACAACUGUGUAGAGUUUACAUAAGAGCUGUGACACUAAUAUCUGUGUAAACUCUACACAGUUGUGUUCUGUGGGUGUCACUGAGUGGGCUGUUACUCCGUUUCAUGGUGCCCACUCCUCAGGUAAGACUGUACAGUCCAAUAUGGAUGUCCAACACACACGAUAGAGUAUACAUGCCCCCAAUUCAAUUCUGCAGUCUAAUACAUCCAGUAGGAUUUGAACUAUUUUUACUGUUUGUCAAAUUGAUUUAUUUUAAAGUUAUAUAAUAACAUUCCAAACUUCUUUAGCUGCUUCAGUGUAAUGAGAUAUUUCUGUCAGAUGUUACUAUGGUAUACUGAAGUGUAAUUACAAGCAUUCCAUAAGUGUCAAAGGCUUUUAUUGACAAUUACAUUAAGUUUAUGCAAAGAGUCAAUAUUUGCAGUGUUGACCCUUCUUUUUCAAGACCUCUGCAAUCCGCCCUGGCAUGCUGUCAAUUAACUUCUGGGCCACAUCCUGACUGAUGGCAGCCCAUUCUUGCAUAAUCAAUGCUUGGAGUUUUUCAGAAUUUGUGGGUUUUUGUUUGUCCACCCGCCUCUUGAGGAUUGACCACAAGUUCUCAAUGGGAUUAAGGUCUGGGGAGUUUCCUGGCCAUGGACCCAACGUUUCGAUGUUUUGUUCCCCGAGCCACUUAGUUAUCACUUUUGCCUUAUGGCAAGGUGUUCCAUCAUGCUGGAAAAGGCAUUGGUCGUCACCAAACUGUUCUUGGAUGGUUGGGAGAAGUUGCUCUCGGAGGAUGUGUUGAGAAUGACUUUACCCCAGUCCUCAGCAGUCCAAUCCCUGUACCUUUUGCAGAAUAUCAGUCUGUCCCUGAUGUUUUUCCUGGAGAGAAGUGGCUUCUUUGCUGCCCUUCUUGACACCAAGCCAUCCUCCAAAAGUCUUUGCCUCACUGUGCGUGCAGAUGCACUCACACCUGCCUGCUGCCAUUCCUGAGCAAGCUCUGCACUGGCGUUGCCCCGACCCCGCAGCUGAAUCAAAUUUAGGAGAUGGUCCUGGCGCUUGCUGGACUUUCUUGGGCGCCCUGACGCCUUCUUCACAACAAUUGAACCUCUCUCCUUGAAGUUCUUGAUGAUCCGAUAAAUGGUUUAUUUAUGUGCAAUCUUACUAGCAGCAAUAUCCUUGCCUGUGAAGCCCUUUUUGUGCAAAGCAAUGAUGACGGCACGUGUUUCCUUGCAGGUAACCAUGGUUAACAGAGGAAGAACAAUGAUUUCAAGCACCACCCUCCUUUUAAAGCUUCCAGUCUGUUAUUCUAACUCAAUCAGCAUGACAGAGUGAUCUCCUGCCUUGUCCUCGUCAACACUCUCACCUGUGUUAACGAGAGAAUCACUGACAUGAUGGCAGCUGGUCCUUUUGUGGCAGGGCUGAAAUGCAGUGGAAAUGUUUUUUGGGGAUUAAGUUCAUUUUCAUGACAAAGAGGGACUUUGCAAUUAAUUGCAAUUCAUCUGAUCACUCUUCAUGACAUUCUGGAGUAUAUGCAAAUUGCCAUCAACAAAACUGAGGACUUUGUGAAAAUUAGUAUUUGUGUCAUUCUCUAAACUUUUGACCACGACUGUAGUGCAAAUAUGGCAUUAUUCCACUAUUUGUAUUCGGUUGGGUCAGUUUGAAUGGGCAACUUUUAUUUUGAAGCCACACCACACAUUCCGCUAUUGUGGCUAAUCGUUAUUGUGGCUAGCUUCACACAAGUCAGCCCAGCUGUGUUUGCAAGCGGCUACAUAACCACGUCCGGAGAGUCGUGCAUCAACUAAUCUACUAUCGCAAACGUGUUUAGCUGUAGAAUAUGUCUACCUCACGGACAGUCAUAUGUUUGCUGAGAAAUGACUUGCGUCUUCACGACAAUGAGGUAAGAUGAUUCUACAUUGGAUGAGAAAUGUGUCUAGUAGUCUUGGAACAAAAUUAUUCCAAAAUGUGUAGCACUGACUUCGCCAUGUUCCACGUGAUACAAUGUUGCACUUUAUCUUCACUAAUGUAAAGUGUCUUUGGUUUUAUCGUGCAUUCUCUGAUCAUUUUAUUUAUUCUCAUCCGACACCAAUAAACAAAGAAAAAACGUCAAAAAUAUUAUUGUGUGGCAUAAUGGCGGUCCGCAAACAAACGUAAUGCCGGGCAUACACUACACGAUUUCGCGGGCGCAGACGAAUUGUCAUACUCGGGGUGAAACUUGGGCUAGAAAUAGUCGCCUUGCUACCCAAACUGCCUACUCCGGCCCCCAAACUGCCUACUCCGGCCCCCAAACUGCCUACUCCGGCCCCCCAAACUGCCUACUCCGGCCCCCAAACUGCCUACUCCGGCCCCCAAACUGCCUACUCCGGCCCCCAAACUGCUUACUCCGGCCUAACCAAACAUAGCAGGCGUAAAAUAAACGCCUGAAACUAGAUCCCCUACACACUGGUCUUGGAAGAAGAAAAAUGCUUUGCUCUCGGGGAGGUUCUCUUCUGCACUCUUCAACCAAUUCAGUAAAGGUGGAGGAGCUCAAUUGGCGCUUGUAACGCCAGGAUAGUGGGUUCGAUCCCCGGGAACACCCAUAUGUAAAAAUGUAUGCACACAUGACUGUAAGUCGCUUUGGAUAAAAGCGUCUGCUAAAUGGCAUAUUAUUAUUAUAAUUAUUAUUAUUAUUAUUACAAAACUUUUUAGGAGCAGUCGAAACCAUGCUUCUAAAACGGAACCCUAUAAUUAUACAUUUUCAGUUACAAAAAUUCCUAUUGUUUAUUUUUGAUUAAAAGUAUUGAUGAUGGGCUUCAUGCGUUGUAUGUGUGUGCUGUGACUGUCACCCUGAUAUUGACUACUAGGUAGCUACUUCCCACGCCGUGGCCGCUGCUUGUCAAGCGGGAGUGAAGGGCACUAUUCUAGGUAGCUACUUCCCACGCCGUGGCCGCUGCAUGUCAAGCGGGAGUGAAGGGCACUAUUCUAGGUAGCUACUUCCCACGCCGUGGCCGCUGCUUGUCAAGCGGGAGUGAAGGGCACUAUUCUAGGUAGCUACUUCCCACGCCGUGGCCGCUGCUUGUCAAGCGGGAGUGAAGGGCACUUUUCUAGGUAGCUACUUCCCACGCCGUGGCCGCUGCUUGUCAAGCGGGAGUGAAGGGCACUUUUCUAGGUAGCUACUUCCCACGCCGUGGCCGCUGCAUGUCAAGCGGGAGUGAAGGGCACUAUUCUAGGUAGCUACUUCCCACGCCGUGGCCGCUGCUUGUCAAGCGGAGUGAAGGGCACUAUUCUAGGUAGCUACUUCCCACGCCGUGCCCGCUGCUUGUCAAGCGGGAGUGAAGGGCACUAUUCUAGGUAGCUACUUCCCACGCCGUUGCCGCUGCUUGUCAAGCGGGAGUGAAGGGCACUAUUCUAGGUAGCUACUUCCCACGCCGUGGCCGCUGCUUGUCAAGCGGGAGUGAAGGGCACUAUUCUAGGUAGCUACUUGCCACGCCGUGGCCGCUGCUUGUCAAGCGGGACUGAAGGGCACUAUUCUAGGUAGCUACUUCCCACGCUGUGGCCGCUGCUUGUCAAGCGGGAGUGAAGGGCACUAUUCUAGGUAGCUACUUCCCACGCCGUGGCCGCUGCUUGUCAAGCGGGAGUGAAGGGCACUAUUCUAGGUAGCUACUUCCCACGCCGUUGCCGCUGCUUGUCAAGCGGGAGUGAAGGGCACUAUUCUAGGUAGCUACUUCCCACGCCGUGGCCGCUGCUUGUCAAGCGGGAGUGAAGGGCACUAUUCUAGGUAGCUACUUCCCACGCCGUGGCCGCUGCUUGUCAAGCGGGAGUGAAGGGCACUAUUCUAGGUAGCUACUUCCCACGCCGUUGCCGCUGCUUGUCAAGCGGGAGUGAAGGGCACUAUUCUAGGUAGCUACUUCCCACGCCGUGGCCGCUGCUUGUCAAGAAGAAAAAUUAGAAUAUUUGUAAAACAUUCAUGAAAAAUAAAACACAAAUAUAUCUUGAUUAGAUAAGUAUUGGUUGUUGAUCAUUGCUAGACAGACAUUUUCAGGUCUUGCCAUAUAUUCUCAAGCAGAUUUAAGUCAAAACUAACUUGGCCACUCAACAUUCACUGUCUUCUUGGUAAGCAACUCCAGUGUAGAUUUGGUCUUGUGUUUUAAGUUAUUGUCCUGCUGAAAGGUAUUUGUAUUUAUUAUGGCUACUCUUCCUGGGGUUUAUUAUGGAUCCCCAUUAGUUCCUGCCAAGGCAGCAGAUACUCUUCCUGUGGUUUAUUAUGGAUCCCCAUUAGUUCCUGCCAAGGCAGCAGCUACUCUUCCUGGGGUUUAUUAUGGAUCCCCAUUAGUUCCUGCCAAGGCAGCAGCUACUCUUCCUGGGGUUUAUUAUGGAUCCCCAUUAGUUCCUGCCAAGGCAGCAGCUACUCUUCCUGGGGUUUAUUAUGGAUCCCCAUUAGUUCCUGCCAAGGCAGCAGCUACUCUUCCUGGGGUUUAUUAUGGAUCUCCAUUAGUUUCCUGCCAAGGCAGCAGCUACUCUUCCUGGGGUUUAUUAUGGAUCCCCAUUAGUUCCUGCCAAGGCAGCAGCUACUCUUCCUGGGGUUUAUUAUGGAUCCCCAUUAGUUCCUGCCAAGGCAGCAGCUACUCUUCCUGGGGUUUAUUAUGGAUCUCCAUUAGUUCCUGCCAAGGCAGCAGCUACUCUUCCUGGGGUUUAUUAUGGAUCCCCAUUAGUUCCUGCCAAGGCAGCAGCUACUCUUCCUGGGGUUUAUUAUGGAUCCCCAUUAGUUCCUGCCAAGGCAGCAGCUACUCUUCCUGGGGUUUAUUAUGGAUCCCCAUUAGUUCCUGCCAAGGCAGCAGCUACUCUUCCUGGGGUUUAUUAUGGAUCCCCAUUAGUUCCUGCCAAGGCAGCAGCUACUCUUCCUGGGGUUUAUUAUGGAUCACCAUUAGUUCCUGCCAAGGCAGCAGCUACUCUUCCUGGGGUUUAUUAUGGAUCCCCAUUAGUUCCUGCCAAGGCAGCAGCUACUCUUCCUGGGGUUUAUUAUGGAUCCCAUUAGUUCCUGCCAAGGCAGCAGCUACUCUUCCUGGGGUUUAUUAUGGAUCCCCAUUAGUUCCUGCCAAGGCAGCAGCUACUCUUCCUGGGGUUUAUUAUGGCUCCCCAUUAGUUCCUGCCAAGGCAGCAGCUACUCUUCCUGGGGUUUAUUAUGGAUCCCCAGUAGUUCCUGCCAAGGCAGCAGCUACUCUUCCUGGGGUCUAGCAAAAUUAAGGCAGUUAUACAUUUUAAAAACAUUAUAAUACAUUCAUAACAGAUUUCACAACAUAUUAAGUGUGUGCCCUCAGGCCCUUACUCCAAUACCACAUACAGUGGGGAGAACAAGUAUUUGAUACACUGCCGAUUUUGCAGGUUUUCCUACUUACAAAGCAUGUAGAGGUCUGUAAUUUUUAUCAUAGGUACACUUCAACUGUGAGAGACGGAAUCUAAAACAAAAAUCCAGAAAAUCACAUUGUAUGAUUUUUAAGUAAUUCAUUUGCAUUUUAUUGCAUGCCAUAAGUAUAUACUGAGAUCAUGUGACAGAUCAUGUGACACUUAGAUUGCACACAGGUGGACUUUAUUUAACUAAUUAUGUGACUUCUGAAGGUAAUUGGUUGCACCAGAUCUUAUUUAGGGGCAUCAUAGCAAAGGGGGUGAAUACAUAUGCACGCACCACUUUUCUGUGAUUAAUUUCUAGAUUUAUUUUUAACAAGUAAUUUUUUUCAUUUCACUUCACCAAUUUGGACUAUUUUGUGUCCAUUACAUGAAAUCCAAAUAAAAAUCAAUUUAAAUUACAGGUUGUAAUGCAACAAAAUAGGAAAAAUGCCAAGGGGGAUGAAUACUUUUGCAAGGCACUGUAUUUGUUCUCUUGCCAGCCCAAUCACACUCCUCUACAUUUCUCCCUCUACUCUAUGGUAACCCCUGUGUUAUCCAGGUGUUUCACUGGGCCCAGAGGAAUGCUGAACACAUCGUUCCCCUGUACUGUUUCGACCCUGGUCAUUACCUAGGGACAGCGAACUACAACCUGCCCCGUACCGGCCCCUUCCGUCUGCGCUUCCUUCUGGACAGCAUCCAGGACCUCAGGACCAGUCUGAUACAGAGGGGCAGGUGAGAGGAGCUGCUCUAGCCAUACACAUGUUGUAUACCAUAACCACACCAUAACCAUACCAUAUCACACCAUAACCAUACCAUAACCACACCAUAACCACACCAUAACCAUACUGUACCAUAACCACGCCAUAACCCCACCAUAACCACACCAUACCAUAACCAUACCAUAACCACACCAUAACCAUACUGUACCAUAACCCCGCCAUAACCCCACCAUAACCCCACCAUAACCAUACCAUAACCAUACCAUAACCGUACCAUAACCACACCAUAACCACACCAUAACCGUACCAUACCACACCAUAACCACACCAUAACCACACCAUAACCGUACCAUAUCACACCAUAACCAUACCAUAACCACACCAUAACCAUACUGUACCAUAACCACGCCGUAACCCCACCAUAACCACACCAUAACCAUACCAUAACCAUACCAUAACCGUACCAUAUCACACCAUAACCACACCAUAACCGUACCAUACCACACCAUAACCACACCAUAACCACACCAUAACCGUACCAUAUCACACCAUAACCAUACCAUAACCAUACCAUACCGUACCACACUAACAUACCAUAAUGUACCACCUAUAACCUACCAUAACGUACCACAACUAUCACCCAUAAAUCACUAUACACUACCAUAACGUACCACACUAAUAACCAUACCAUAACGUACCACACAUAUAACCAUACCAUAAACGUACACACAUAACCACAUACCAUAACGUACCAACCAUACCAUAACUUACCACACUAUAACAACCAUAAUACCACACAUACAUACCAUAACGACCACACUAUACCAUACCAUACGACCACACAUAACCAUACCACACGUAAACCAUAACACCAUAACGUACCACACAUACCAACCUAACCCCCAUAACCGUACACUAUCACACAACCAAACGUACCACACUAUAACCAUACCAUAACCACACACCACUAUAACAUACCAUAAUACCACACUAUAACCAUACCUAGACUAACCUACCAUAUAACCAUAACCAUAACGUACCACACUAUACCAUACCAUACAAUGUAACACUAUAACAUACAUAAUGACCCACUAUAACUACCAUAAGUACACACCCUACCAUAACCAUACCAUAACGUACCACACUAUAACCAUACAUAACCUACCACAAUAACCAUACCAUAACCGUACCACACUAUAACCAUACCAUAAUACCUACACAUAAACCAUACCAUAAUGUCCACACAUAACAUCAUACCGUAUCACACACAUAACCACCACUACCACACCUAAUAACCAUCAUAAAGACCCACACUAUAACCAUACCAUAACGUACCACACUAUAACCACCAUAACUGUAUACCACAACAUAACCAUACCCAUAACAUACAACCAUAUAACCAUACCAUAAUGUCCACACUAUAACACCAUAAGACACACUAUAACCAUACCACUAAUAGUCCACACUAUAACCAUACCAUAACGUAACCAACCAUAAUACCAAACGUACUACACCAUACCAUACACGUACCACACUAGAACCACCAUAUACCACACAAACCAUACAUAACUACCACACUACUACCAUAACGUACCACACUAAACCAUACCAUAACGACCACCAUACCAACCAUAACGUACCACACUAUAACCAUAACCAUAACGUACCACACAUAAACCAACCAAACGUACCACACAAACCAACCAACGUACCACAAACCAACCAAACGACCACACCAUACAUACCAUAACGUACCAACCACCACCAUAACUACCACACACAACCAUACCAGUCACCACAAACCAACCACCAACAACCAUAACCCACCAUAACCACCCAUAACGUACCCACUAACCACACAUAACCACACUAUACACCAUACCAUACCCCACCAUACACCAUAAGUACCACACUAAACUACCAUAACCCACCAUAACCAUAACGUCACCACACAUACCAUACCAUAACGUACCACUACUAACCAUACUACCUAACUACCCACUAUAACCAUACCAUAACGUACCACACUAACCUACCAUAAAACGUACCACCUAUACCAUCCAUAGUACCACACUAUAACACCUACCAUAACGUACCCACUAUACCAUACCAUAACGUACUUCACACAUAACCUACCAUACACCCACCAUACCAUAAGUACCACACUACAACCAUCAAUACCCACCACACUAUAACCAUACCAUACUACCACACUAAACCAUACCAUAUGUACCACACUAUAACCCAUACCAUAACGACCACACUAUAACCAUACCAUAAGUACCACACUAUAACAUACCAUAACUACCACACUAUAACCAUACCUAACGUACCACACUAUAACACCCAAAGUACCACACUAACCAUACCAUAACGUACCACACUUAAACAUACCAUAACGUACCACACUAAACCAUAAACGUACCACACUAUAACCCAUACCAUAACGUACCACACUAUAACAUACCAUAACGUACCACCUAUAAACAUACCAUACGUCCACACUAAACCAUACCAUAAGUACCACCUAUAACAUACCAUAAACGUACCACACUAUAACCAUACCAUAACGUACCACACAAACCAUACCCAUAACGUACCCACACUAUAACCAUACCAUAACGUACCACACAUACCUAACCAAACGUACCACUAAACCAUACCAUACCGUACCACAUAUAACCAUACCGUACCACACUAAAACUACCAUAACGUACCACACUAUAACCAUACCAUAACACCACUAACCAACCAAACGUACCACACAAACCAAAACGUACCACACUAUCCACGCACCACGCCCAUACCACAAACGACACCACUAAACAACAUCAGACCACCAAACCAUCACCAUAACGACCUAACCCAUAUCCACACUUAACAUACCAUAGUACCACACUUACAUACCAUAACGUACCACACUAUAACCAUACCAUAACGUACCACCUAUAACCAACCAUAACGUACCACAUAUAACAUACCAUAACUACCACACUAUAACCAUACCAUACGUACCACACAUAACCACCAUAACACCAUAUAACCGUACCAUAUCACCACCAUAACCAUACCAUAACCGUACCAACUUAACACACCAUAAGUACCACAACUAAACCGUACCAACUAUCACCACCAUAACACACCAUAACCACACUAACCUAACCACAUCCAUACUGUACCACACACCAUAACCGAACCAACUACACACCAUAACCACACCAUAACGUACCAACACACCAUAACCAUACCAUAACGUACCACACCUAUAACCGUACCAUAACCACACCUAACCAUACCAUAACGUACCACACACAACAUCACACCAAUACCACCAUACCACACCAUAACCGUACCCACAAGAAUCCAUACCGUACCAUACACACCAUAACCAUACAUACACCCAUACCACACACAAAGUAUCCUAACCAUACCAUAACGUACCAAACAUACCACAUAACCAUACCAUAACUACCACCACUAUAACCAUACCAUAACGUACCCACACUAUAACCAACCAUAACGUACCAACACUAUAACCAUACCAUAACGUACCACACUAUACCAUACCAUAACGUCCACACUAAUAACAUACCAUAACGUACCACACUAUAACCAUACCAUAACGUAUCACACUAUAACAUACCAUAACGUACCACACUAUAACAUACCAUAAUGUACCACACUAUAACAUACCAUAACAUACCACACUAUAACAUACCAUAAUGUACCACACUAUAACAUACCAUAACGUACCACACUAUAACAUACCAUAAUGUACCACACUAUAACAUACCAUAACGUACCACACUAUAACCAUACCAUAAUGUACCACACUAUAACAUACCAUAAUGUACCACACUAUAACAUACCAUAACGUACCACACUAUAACAUUCCAUAACGUACCACACUAUAACCAUACCAUAACGUACCACACUAUAACCAUACCAUAACGUACCACACUAUAACCAUACCAUAACGUACCACACUAUAACCAUACCAUAACGUAUCUAACCAUACCAUAAUGUACCACACUAUAACAUACCAUAACGUACCACACUAUAACAUACCAUAACGUACCACACUAUAACCAUACCAUAACGUACCAUACAUAACGUACCACACUAUAACCAUACCAUAACGUACCACACUAUAACCAUACCAUAACGUACCACACUAUAACCAUACCAUAAUGUACCACACUAUAACAUACCAUAAUGUACCACACUAUAACAUACCAUAAUGUACCACACUAUAACAUACCAUAACGUACCACACUAUAACCAUACCAUAACGUACCACACUAUAACCAUACCAAAACGUAUCUAACCAUACCAUAAUGUACCACACUAUAACAUACCAUAACGUACCACACUAUAACCAUACCAUAACGUACCACACUAUAACCAUACCAUAACGUACCACACUAUAACCAUACCAUAACGUACCACACUAUAACAUACCAUAAUGUACCACACUAUAACCAUACCAUAACGUACCACACUAUAACAUACCAUAACGUACCACACUAUAACAUACCAUAACGUACCACACUAUAACCAUACCAUAAAGUACCACACUAUAACCAUACCAUAACGUACCACACUAUAACCAUACCAAAACGUAUCUAACCAUACCAUAAUGUACCACACUAUAACAUACCAUAACGUACCACACUAUAACCAUACCAUAACGUACCACACUAUAACCAUACCAUAACGUACCACACUAUAACCAUACCAUAACGUACCACACUAUAACCAUACCAUAACGUACCACACUAUAACAUACCAUAACAUACCACACUAUAACAUACCAUAACGUACCACACUAUAACAUACCAUAACGAACCAUACCAUAAAGUACCACACUAUAACCAUACCAUAACGUACCACACUAUAACCAUACCAUAACGUACCACACUAUAACAUACCAUAACGUACCACACUAUAACAUACCAUAACGUACCACACUAUAACGUACCAUACCAUAACGUACCACACUAUAACCAUACCAUAACGUACCACACUAUAACAAUACCAUAACGUACCACACUAUAACCAUACCAUAACGUACCACACUAUAACAUACCAUAACGUACCACACUAUAACAUACCAUAACGUACCACACUAUAACAUACCAUAAUGUACCACACUAUAACCAUACCAUAAUGUACCACACUAUAACCAUACCAUAAUGUACCACACUAUAACCAUACCAUAACGUACCACACUAUAACCAUACCAUAACGUACCAUACCAUAACGUACCAUACUAUAACCAUACCAUAGCGUACCAUAACUAUACUAUAACGUACCAUUCCAUAACCGUACCAUACCACACCAUAACCAUAAUGUACCAUACAACACCAUACCUUAGCAUAACGUACCACACCAUAUUGAUAACAUACCGCAACAUAACUGUACCAUACCCUACCACACCAUUACUUUGAGGUCAGUCAGUUAUUAUAUAGUGUUACAUAGAACCAGCCAGUGUUAUUAUUACUAACAGGGUUUCUUGUAGCGGUCUUCCAGAGAUCAGGCUUGCUGAUUCAGUGCCUCUUUUGAUAUCCCUGUUGAAGACACAUUUUUAUAUAGAUUAUUUUAAUGUAUGAUUUCAAUUAGCUAUCUUUUUUUCAUUUCUCCUUCCUCUUGUUUUUGUUUCUUUGAAAAGCGCUAUACAUUAAUGUUUACAUUAACGGAGCCGUCAUCACAUUCUGUUCUGUUUCCACUAUUCAGUGAGAGAGGGAAAUGAUUAAUCCACUACCCAGGAUGCAGCUUGAUGCUCUCAGACAGUGUUAACUGGGGCCACUGUGUUUGUGUGUUUGUGUGUGUGUUCUUCCAGCACCCUGGUGGUGAGACGGGGCAGGCCAGAGGAGGUGGUUAGUGACCUCAUUAAGCAGCUAGGUUCUGUUAGCGCUGUGGCCUUCCAUGAAGAGGUUAGUAAUCUAGUACACUACAUAUUAACGCUCUUAUGUAUCACGCUAUAGCAAUAUAAUGGCUAUCAAUAUGUAUCUUUCCCACCACUAUAGAUACUGUACCUAUUAACGCUCUUAUUUAUCACGCUAUAGCAAUAUAAUAGCUAUCUAUAUGUAUCUUACUCACCACUAUAGAUACUGUACACUACCGUUGAAAAGUUUGGGGUCACUUAGAAAUUUCCUUGUUUUCGAAAGAAAAUCAAAUUUUUGGUCCAUUUAAAAUAACAUCAAAUUGAUCGGAAAUACAGUGUAGACAUUGUUAAUGUUGUAAAUGUCUAUUGUAGCUGGAAACAGCUGAUUUUUAAUGGAAUAUCUACAUAGGCAUACAGAGGCCCAUUAUCCAAUGGCACGUUGUGUUUGCUAAUCCAAGUGUAUCAUUUUAAAAGGCUAAUUGAUCAUUAGAAAACCCUUUUGCAAUUAUGUUAGCACAGCUGAAAACUGUUGUGCUGAUUUAAAGAAGCAAUAAAACUGGCCUUCUUGAGACUAGUUGAGUAUCUGGAGCAUCAGCAAUUGUGUCUUCGAUUACAAGGUCAAAAUGGCCAGAAACAAAUAACCUUCUUCUGAAACAAGAAACAGUCUAUUCUUGUUCUGAGAAAUGAAGGCUAUUCCAUGCGAGAAAUUGCCAAGAAACUGAAGAUCUCGUACAACCCUGUGUACUACUCCCUUCAUAGAACAGCGCAAACUGGCUCUAAUUAGAAUAGAAAGAGGAGUGGGAGGCCCCGGUGCACAACUGAGCAAGAGGACAAAUACAUUAGUGUCUAGUUUGAGAAAGACGCCUCACAGGUCCUCAACUGGCAGCUUCAUGAAAUAGUACCCGCAAAACACCAGUCUCAACGUCAACAGUGAAGAGGCGACUCCGGGAUGCUGACCUAGGCAGAGUUGCAAAGGAAAAAGUCCAGUGUCUGUGUUAUUUUGCCCAUCUUAAUCUUUUAUUUUUAUUGGCCAGUCUGAGAUAUGGCUUUUUCUUUGCAAUUCUGCCUAGAAGGUCAGUAUCCCGGAGUCGCCUCUUCACUGUUGAUGUUGAGACUGGUGUUUUGCGGUACUAUUUAAUGAAGCUGCCAGUUGAGGACCUGUGAGGCGUCUGUUUCUCAAACUAGAUACUCGAAGAGUGGUAAAGCGGUCUUUACUGGUUCUAACAGCAGACCUAUAAGCUGGAAGAUGCUGGAGGAAAAAAUGGUGUUUGACCAAAUACAAUGCUAUUUCUCUGUAAACAAAUUAACAACAUACUUUCAGCAUGCUUAUAGAGAAGGGCACUCAACAUGUAUUGCACUGACACAAAUGACUAAUGAUUGGUUAAAAUAAAUUGAUAAUAAGAAGAUCGUGGGAGCUGUACUGUUAGAUUUCAGUGCAGCCUUUGAUAUUAUUGACCAUAACCUGUUGUUGAGAAAACGUAUGAUUUAUGGCUUUUCAACCUCAGCUCUGAAUCCACAAUAUGGCAAUCUAUCUAAUAGAACUCAGAGGGUUUUCUUUAGUGGAAGCUACUCUAAUGUCAAACAUGUAAAGUGUGGUGUACCGCAGGAUAGCUCUCUAGGCCCUCCACUCUUUUCUAUUUUUACCAAUGACCUGCCACUGGCAUUGGUAAAAAUGCUGAUGAUUCAACCAUACAUGCGUCAGCAACCACAGCUAAUGAAGUCACUGAAACCCUUAACAAAGAGUUGCAGUCUGUUUUGGAAUGGGUAGCCAGUAAUAAACUGGUCCUGAUCAUCUCUAAAACUAAGAGCAUUGUAUUUGAAACAAAUCAUUCCCUAAGUUCUAGACCUCAGCUGAAUCUGGUAAUGAAUGGUGUGGCUGUUGAAUAAGUUGGGGAGACUAAAUUACUUGGUGUUACCUUAGAUUGUAAACUUUCAUGCAUUUGGAAAGUAUUCAGACCCCUUGACUUUUUCCACGUUUUGUUACGUUACAGCCUUAUUCUAAAAUUGAUUAAAUUGUUUUCCCCCCCUUUAUCAAUCUACACACAAUACCCUGUAAUGACAAAGCAAAAAACAGGUUUUUAGAAAGUUUUGCAAAUUUUAUAAUAAAACCCCCCCCAGGAAAUAGACAUUUACAUAAGUAUUCAGACCCUUUACUCAGUACUUUGUUGAGGCACCUUUGGCAGCGAUUACAGCCUCGCGUAUUCUAGGGUAUGACGCUACAAGCUUGGCACACCUGUAUUUGGGGAGUUUCUCCCAUUCUUCUCUGCAGAUCCUCUCAAGCUCUGUCAGGUUGGAUGGGGAGCAUCGCUGCACAGCUAUUUUCAGGUCUCUCCAGAGAUGUUCGAUUGGGUUCAGGCUCUGGCUGGGCCACUCAAGGACAUUCAGAGACUUGUCCCGAAGCCACUCCUGCGUUGUCUUGGCUGUGUGCACUUGAUGAGGUUUUCAUCAAGGAUCUCUCUGUACUUUGCUCCAUUCAUCUUUCCCUCGAUACGGACUAGUCUCCCAGUCCCUGCCACUGAAAUAAAUAUAAUAAUAAUAAUAAUAUAAUAAUAUGCCAUUUAGCAGACGCUUUUAUCCAAAGCGACUUACAGUCAUGCGUGCAUACAUUUUUGUGUGGUCCCGGGGAUCGAGCCCACUACCUUGGCGUUACAAGCGCCGUGCUCUACCAGCUGAGCUACAGAGGACCACAACUAAAUCCCCACAGCAUGAUGCUGCCACCACCAUGCUUCACCGUAGGGAUGGUGCCAGGUUUCCUCCAGACGUGACGCUUGGCAUUCAAGCCAAAGAGUUCAAUAUUGGUUUCAUCAGACCAGCGAAUCUUGUUUCUCAUGGUCUGAGAGUCUUUUAGGUGCCUUUUGGUAAACUUCAAGCGGGCUGUCAUGUGCCUUUUACUGAGGAGUGGCUUCCGUCUGGCCACUCUACCAUAAAGGCCUGAUUGGUGGAGUACUGCAGAGAUGGUUUUCCUUCUGGAAGGUUCUCCCAUCUUCACAGAGGAACUCUGGAGCUCUGUCUUGGUCACCUCCCUGACCAAGGCCCUUCUCCCCUGAUUGCUCAGUUUGGCCAGGCGGCCAGCUCUAGAAAGAGUGUUGGUGGUUUGUGAGAGCAAAAAUAACUAGAUGAUGUUAUAAUACUGUUAUUGCAUCAAAUGGUUGUUUUCUGUAAUAGAACAGGGUUCUUAGAAACUCUCAUCUGUCUGUGUUAACACUGGCAGUAGAUUAACGAUGCCUUUGGUGAUAAAACUAACAGGCCAUAUUCCAUUCAUGUGAGGAAGAUGGAUCCGGUCUGACUGAGCCUGCAGUUUAUAGACUGAAUUGGUGUUUGUGUAAUGUGAGGUACCAGGGAGAGAUGGUUCGGGUAUGGAUAAUGAUGAGAGGAAGCUUGUCUUAGGGGCCAAACUCUGGUUUCUGUACAAUAAGAACAGUGUUCAUAGCAAAUGCUAUCUGGCUGGGGGAUACUGCUUUCUCAUAUAUCAAGUCUCACCUUGUGACCCAUUCCAUACUAUUAUUUGUCAUGUAGACAUUUUGCCACAACUUUGGAAGUAUGCUUGGGGUCAUUAUCCAUUUGGAAGACCCAUUUGCGACCAAGCUUUAACUUCCUGACUGAUGUCUUGAGAUGUUCUUCAAUAUAUCCACAUCAUUUUCCUUCCUCAUGAUGCCAUCUAUUUUGUGAAGUGCACCAGUCCCUCCUGCAGCAAAGCACCCCCACAGCAUGAUGCUACCACCCCCGUGCUUCACGGUUGGGAUGGUGUUCUUCAGCUUGCAAGCAACCCCAUUUUUCCUCCAAACAUAACGAUGGUCAUUAUGGCCAAACAGUUAUAUUUUUGUUUCAUCAGACCAGAGGACAUUUCUCCAAAAAGUGCGAUCUUUGUCCCCAUGUGGUGUACCUAAUAAACUGGCCACGGAGUGUAUAUCUCAUCACUCUUUCUCUCCAUCACUCUAUCAUCCUAUAGCUAUAUCUCUCAGCACUCUCAUUCUAUAUCUCUCCAUCACGAUCAUCCAAAGCUAUAUCUCUCCAUUUUAGUAGUCCAGGUCUCUCCUUGAAAAAUUGAUUUUUAUCGCAAUGAGACUAACCUGGUUAAAUAAAAUGAAGUAGUAUAGACUUAUAGAUGGGUUGAUUGUUUAGCAACAAAUCCGACGUGUGCGUAACUAUGGGGCAAAACAGACUGGGUUGGCUUAGAUUGUUGAACUAAGUUGAAUCUCCAAUGUUUAUUGAAAACAUAAACACAUUUACACAAUGAUCACGUGUCUCUCAUGCAUCGUUAAGGUUGUUGGUUAGCUAGCUAGCUAAUUUGAGCCAUAUUAGCAUAGACAUCAGUCAAAACACCUCAAAACAAGAUGAAACGAGCUGAAACAAAUAACUUAUGAUUCCCCAGAAGGCAGUUUGGUAGCUAUCUGACCACUCAGAAUCAUAACAACACACACCUUCCGGCCACAUCCAUGUGCUCGCUUCAAUGUAUUGUGUUUUGUUAUCCAUCCUGUAGGUGGUGCCAGAGGACCAGCAGGUGGAGAGAGGAGUGAGGGACAUCUGUUCUCAGAUGAAGGUUAAAGUUCACACCUGCUGGGGGUCGACACUGUACCACCGAGACGACCUCCCGUUCAACCACCUAUCCAGGUGAGAGAAGACCACAGGGGUCAAGAUCAAGUUCAUUUGAUUUUAUUCACGUGGCAGAGAAAGUAGUCAUCUGCGAUUGGGCUGCUCAGCAAAGGCUCUAUCUCCUGGAUAAUCACUACAUUAUGAAGUCAGGCUCUAUCUCCUGGAUAAUCACUACAUUAUGAAGUCAGGCUCUAUCUCCUGGAUAAUCACUACAUUAUGAAGUCAGGCUCUAUCUCCUGGAUAAUCACUACAAUAUGAAGUCAGGCUCUAUCUCCUGGAUAAUCACUACAUUAUGAAGUCAGGCUCUAUCUCCUGGAUAAUCACUACAAUAUGAAGUCAGGCUGUCUCCUGGAUAAUCACUACAUUAUGAAGUCAGGUUAUCCUGGAUAAUCACUACAUUAUGAAGUCAGGCUGUCUCCUGGAUAAUCACUACAUUAUGAAGUCAGCCUCUGUCCUGGAUAAUCACUACAAUAUGAAGUCAGGCUGUCUCCUGGAUAAUCACUACAUUAUGAAGUCAGGCUGUCUCCUGGAUAAUCACUACAUUAUGAAGUCAGGCUGUCUCCUGGAUAAUCACUACAUUAUGAAGUCAGGCUGUCUCCUGGAUAAUCACUACAAUAUGAAGUCAGGCUCUCUCCUGGAUAAUCACUACAUUAUGAAGUCAGGCUAUCUCCUGGAUAAUCACUACAAUAUGAAGUCAGGCUGUCUCCUGGAUAAUCACUACAUUAUGAAGUCAGGCUCUCUCCUGAAUAAUCACUACAAUAUGAAGUCAGGCUGUCUCCUGGAUAAUCACUACAUUAUGAAGUCAGCCUCUGUCCUGGAUAAUCACUACAAUAUGAAGUCAGGUUCUCUCCUGGAUAAUCACUACAUUAUGAAGUCAGGCUGUCUCCUGGAUAAUCACUACAAUAUGAAGUCAGGCUGUCUCCUGGAUAAUCACUACAAUAUGAAGUCAGGCUCUCUCCUGGAUAAUCACUACAUUAUGAAGUCAGGCUGUCUCCUGGAUAAUCACUACAAUAUGAAGUCAGGCUGUCUCCUGGAUAAUCACUACAUUAUGAAGUCAGGCUGUCUCCUGGAUAAUCACUACAAUAUGAAGUCAGGCUGUCUCCUGGAUAAUCACUACAAUAUGAAGUCAGGCUGUCUCCUGGAUAAUCACUACAAUAUGAAGUCAGGCUGUCUCCUGGAUAAUCACUACAAUAUGAAGUCAGGCUGUCUCCUGGAUAAUCACUACAUUAUGAAGUCAGCCUCUGUCCUGGAUAAUCACUACAAUAUGAAGUCAGGCUCUCUCCUGGAUAAUCACUACAUUAUGAAGUCAGGCUGUCUCCUGGAUAAUCACUACAAUAUGAAGUCAGGCUGUCUCCUGGAUAAUCACUACAAUAUGAAGUCAGGCUCUCUCCUGGAUAAUCACUACAUUAUGAAGUCAGGCUGUCUCCUGGAUAAUCACUACAUUAUGAAGUCAGUCUCUCUCCUGGAUAAUCACUACAAUAUGAAGUCAGGCUCUCUCCUGGAUAAUCACUACAUUAUGAAGUCAGGCUCUCUCCUGGAUAAUCACUACAAUAUGAAGUCAUGCAGCUUUUCAAUUUGCAUGUGUACUAAAUAGCUGUCUUGCGGUAUAACUGUCCACGGCUAUAUUUUACUGAGACAUUUGCUGAGGGAGAGAUAUGACGUCGUCCUUGCUUAGGCUACCUGACAUGUAACCCUGUUCUAUUCUCUCCUGUGAUAGGCUACCUGAAAUGUAACCCUGUUCUAUUCUCUCCUGUGAUAGGCUACCUGAAAUGUAACCCUGUUCUAUUCUCUCCUGUGAUAGGUUGCCUGACAUGUAACCCUGUUCUAUUCUCUCCUGUGAUAGGUUGCCUGACAUGUAACCCUGUUCUAUUCUCUCCUGUGAUAGGUUGCCUGACGUAUAUACCCAGUUCAGGAAGGCAGUGGAGACCCAGGGCAGGGUGAGGCCGGUUUUGCCCACCCUAGACCAGCUGAAGCCUCUCCCCCCUGGGUCAGGUCUGGAUGAAGGCCCCAUCCCCUCCCCAGAAGACCUGGAGCAGACAGAUACUGUUAGGGAACCUCGCUCUGCCUUCCCCCACAGCGGGGGAGAGACUCAGGCCCUGGCCAGACUACAGCAUUACUUCUGGGACACGGUGAGUACGUUGUAUUCAUGUAGCAGACGCUCUUAUCCAGAACAACUUACAGUUAGUGCAUUCAUCUUAGAUAGCUAGGUGAGACAACCACAUCUGUCAUAGCAAGUAAAAACAUGUCCUCAAUAAACCAGCUACAUUCUCAGAAAAAAGGGUACAGUUAAGGUCCAGUAUUGUUCUGUAAUAAUGUAGCUUAGGGUCCAGUAUUGUUCUUUAAUAAUGUAGCUUAGGGUCCAGUAUUGUUCUGUAAUAAUGUAGCUUAGGGUCCAGUAUUGUUCUGUAAUAAUGUAGCUUAGGGUCCAGUAUUGUUCUGUAAUAAUGUAGCUUAGGGUCCAGUAUUGUUCUGUAAUAAUGUAGCUUAGAGUCCAGUAUUGUUCUUUAAUAAUGUAGCUUAGGGUCCAGUAUUGUUCUGUAGUAAUGUAGCUUAGGGUCCAGUAUUGUUCUUUAAUAAUGUAGCUUAGGGUCCAGUAUUGUUCUGUAAUAAUGUAGCUUAGGGUCCAGUAUUGUUCUUUAAUAAUGUAGCUUAGGGUCUAGUAUUGUUCUGUAAUAAUGUAGCUUAGGGUCCAGUAUUGUUCUUUAAUAAUGUAGCUUAGGGUCCAGUAUUGUUCUUUAAUAAUGUAGCUUAGGGUCCAGUAGUGUUCUGUAAUAAUGUAGCUUAGGGUCCAGUAUUGUUCUGUAAUAAUGUAGCUUAGGGUCCAGUAUUGUUCUUUAAUAAUGUAGCUUAGGGUCCAGUAUUGUUCUGUAAUAAUGUAGCUUAGGGUCCAGUAUUGUUCUGUAAUAAUGUAGCUUAGGGUCCAGUAUUGUUCUUUAAUAAUGUAGCUUAGGGUCCAGUCUUGUUCUUUAAUAAUGUAGCUUAGGGUCCAGUAUUGUUGUAAUAAUUCGCGUAGGGUCCAUUGUUCUGUAAUAAUGUAGCUUAGGGUCCAGUAUUGUUCUGUAGUAAUGUAGCUUAGAGUCCAGUAUUGUUCUUUAAUAAUGUAGCUUAGGGUCCAGUAUUGUUCUGUAAUAAUGUAGUUUAGGGUCCAGUAUUGUUCUUUAAUAAUGUAGCUUAGGGUCCAGUAUUGUUCUGUAAUAAUGUAGCUUAGGGUCCAGUAUUGUUCUGUAAUAAUGUAGCUUAGGGUCCAGUAUUGUUCUGUAAUAAUGUAGCUUAGGGUCCAGUAUUGUUCUGUAAUAAUGUAGCUUAGGGUCCAGUAUUGUUCUGUAAUAAUGUAGCUUAGGGUCCAGUAUUGUUCUUUAAUAAUGUAGCUUAGGGUCCAGUAUUGUUCUGUAAUAAUGUAGCUUAGGGUCCAGUAUUGUUCUGUAAUAAUGUAGCUUAGGGUCCAGUAUUGUUCUGUAAUAAUGUAGCUUAGGGUCCAGUAUUGUUCUUUAAUAAUGUAGCGUAGGGUCCAGUAUUGUUCUGUAAUAAUGUAGCUUAGGGUCCAGUAUUGUUCUUUAAUAAUGUAGCUUAGGGUCCAGUAUUGUUCUGUAAUAAUGUAGCUUAGGGUCCAGUAUUGUUCUGUAAUAAUGUAGCUUAGGGUCCAGUAUUGUUCUGUAAUAAUGUAGCUUAGGGUCCAGUAUUGUUCUUUAAUAAUGUAGCUUAGGGUCCAGUAUUGUUCUGUAAUAAUGUAGCUUAGGGUCCAGUAUUGUUCUGUAAUAAUGUAGCUUAGGGUCCAGUAUUGUUCUGUAAUAAUGUAGCUUAGGGUCCAGUAUUGUUCUGUAAUAAUGUAGCUUAGGGUCCAGUAUUGUUCUGUAAUAAUGUAGCUUAGGGUCCAGUAUUGUUCUGUAAUAAUGUAGCUAGGGUCCAGUAUGUUCUUUAACUAAUGUAAUAGGGUCCAGUAUUGUUCUGUAAUAAUGUAGCUUAGGGUCCAGUAUUGUUCUGUAAUAAUGUAGCUUAGGGUCCAGUAUUGUUCUGUAAUAAUGUAGCUUAGGGUCCAGUAUUGUUCUGUAAUAAUGUAGCUUAGGGUCCAGUAUUGUUCUGUAAUAAUGUAGCUUAGGGUCCAGUAUUGUUCUGUAAUAAUGUAGCUUAGGGUCCAGUAUUGUUCUGUAAUAAUGUAGCUUAGGGUCCAGUAUUGUUCUGUAAUAAUGUAGCUUAGGUCCAGUAUUGUUCUGUAUAAUGUAGCUUAGGGUCCAUUAUUGUUCUUUAAUAAUGUAGCUUAGGGUCCAGUAUGCUUCUUAAUAAUGUAGCUUAGGGUCCAGUAUUGUUCUGUAAUAAUGUAGCUUAGGGUCCAGUAUUGUUCUGUAAUAAUUAGCUUAGGGUCCAGGUAUUGUUCUGUAAUAAUGUCGCUUAGGGUCCAGUAUUGUUCUGUGGUAAUGUCGCUUAGGGUCCAAUAUUGUUCUGUAAUAAUGUCGCUUAGGGUCCAGUAUUGUUCUGUAAUAAUGUCGCUUAGGGUCCAGUAUUGUUCUGUAAUAAUGUCGCUUAGGGUCCAGUAUUGUUCUGUAAUAAUGUCGCUUAGGGUCCAGUAUUGUUCUGUAAUAAUGUCGCUUAGGGUCCAGUAUUGUUGUAAUAAUGUAGGCUAGGGUCCAGUCAUUGUUCUGGAAUGUAGCUUAGGGUCCAGUAUUGUUAUGUAAUAAUGUAGCUUAGUGUCCAUUAUUGUUCUGUAAUAAUGUAGCUUAGGGUCCAGUAUUGUUCUGUAAUAAUGUAGCUUAGGGUCCAGUAUUGUUCUGUAAUAAUGUAGCUAGGGUCCAGUAUUGUUCUGUGGUAAGUAGCUUUAGGGUUCCAGUAUUGUUCUGUAAUAAUGUAGCUUAGGGUCCAGUAUUGUUCUUUAAUAAUGUAGCUUAGGGUCCAGUAUUGUUCUGUAGUAAUGUAGCUUAGGGUUCCAGUAUUGUUCUGUAAUAAUGUAGCUUAGGGUCCCAGUAUUGUUUCUGUAAUAAUGUAGCUUAGGGUCCAGUAUUGUUCUGUAAUAAUGUAGCUUAGGGUCCAGUAUUGUUCUGUAAUAAUGUAGCUUAGGGUCCAGUAAUAAGUAGCUUAGGGUCCAGUAUUGUUCUGUAAUAAUGUAGCUUAGGGUCCAGUAUUGUUCUGUAAUAAUGUAGCUUAGGGUCCAGUAUUGUUCUGUAGUAAUGUAGCUUAGGGUCCAGUAUUGUUCUCUGGUGUACAUAAAGUCUAAAUACACAUCAUAUACCUUCAGAGGUAGCUGCAUAUAAUAACCUCUAAUGGUACUGUUCACUAACAUUUUAUUUUAUUUUAUGUGCGGAUAAACUAGUACAGCGGUACAUGUUCGUUCCCGAUAUUUUAAAUAUAAAGGUAAAAAUAGUUGUGCCUUAGUGGGGGGCGUGGCUUUCACUUAGUUAUUUUUGGCCACCUGUGAGUGAAAGUGUUGUACCCAUCUUUCUCGUGUUAAAGUAGUGGUACAUUCAUCAUGAAAACCUUUAGUUUGGUCCAAUGAUAAUAAAUGGGAUAUGUGUUUGUUGUGAUAAAGCUGGUAUGUGUCUCAUGCAGGAUGCUGUGGCUACCUACAAGGAGACUCGUAACGGCCUGAUGGGAAUGGACUAUUCCACUAAGUUUUCCCCUUGGUAAGUACCUGCAUGGGAAUGGACUAUUCCACUAAGUUUUCCCCUUGGUAAGUACCUGCAUGGGAAUGGACUAUUCCACUAAGUUUUCCCCUUGGUAAGUACCUGAUGGGAAUGGACUAUUCCACUAAGUUUUCCCCUUGGUAAGUACCUGCAUGGGAAUGGGACUAUUCCACUAAGUUUCCCCUUGGUAAGUACCCUGAUGGAAUGGAACUAUUCCACUAAGUUUUUCCCCUUGGUAGUACCUGGAUGGGAAUGGACUAUUCCACUAAGUUUUCCCCUUGGUAAGUACCUGAUGUGAAUGGAUAUUCCACUAAGUUUUCCCCUUGGUAAGUACCUGAUGGGAAUGGACUAUUCACUAAGUUUUCCCCUUGGUUCCACUAAGUUUCCCCUUGGUAAGUACCUGAUGGGAAAUGGACUAUUCACUAAGUUUUCCCCUGGUAAAGUACCUGAUGGGAAUGGACUAUUCCACUAAGUUUUCCCCUUGGUAAGUACCUGAUGGGAAUGGACUAUUCCACUAAGUUUUCCCCUUGGUAAGUACCUGAUGGGAAUGGACUAUUCCACUAAGUUUUCCCCUUGGUAAGUACCUGAUGGGAAUGGACUAUUCCACUAAGUUUUCCCCUUGGUAAGUACCUGCAUGGCCGGGGGAAGGGGACUGCAGCACCCCCUGAAAAAUCAGAAUAUAUAUAUAUAUAUAUAUAUAUAUUCUGAUUUUUCAGGGGGUGCUGCAGUCCCCUUCCCCCGGACUUGAAUGAGUAGGUGUCCCCAAACUUUUGACUGCUACUAAUAUAUAUAUAUAUAUAUAUAUAUAUAUAUAUUAGUAGCAGUCAAAAGUUUGGGGACACCUACUCAUUCAAGGGUUUUUCUUUAUUUUUACUAUUUUCUACAUUGUAGAAUAAAUAGUGAAGACUUCAAAACUAUGAAAUAACACAUAUGGAAUCAUGUUGUAACCAAAAAAAGUGUUAAACAAAUCAAAUCAAAAUAUAUUUUAGAUUAUUCAAAGAAGCCACCCUUUGCCUUGAUGACAGCUUUGCACACUCUUGGCAUUCUCUCAACCAGCUUCACCUGGAAUGCUUUUCCAACAGUCUUGAAGGAGUUCCCACAUAUGCUGAGCACUUGUUGGCUGCUUUUCCUUCACUGCGGUCCAACUCAUCCCAAACCAUCUCAAUUGGGUUGAGGUCAGGUGAUUUGUGGAGGCCAUCUGAUGCAGCACUCCAUCACUUUCCUUCUUGGUCGAAUAGCCCUUACACAGCCUGGAGGUGUGUUUUGGGUCAUUGUCCUGUUGAAAAACUAAUGAUAGUCCCUCUAAGCCCAAACCAGAUGGGAUGGCGUAUCUCUGCAGAAUGCUGUGGUAGCCAUGCUGGUUAAGUGUGCCUUGAAUUCUAAAUAAAUCACAGACAGUGUCACCAGCAAAGCACCAUAACACCUCCUCCUCCAUGCUUCACGGUGGGAACCACACAUGCGGAGAUCAUUCGUUCACCUACUCAGCGUCUCAAAAGACAUGCGGUUGGAACCAAAAAUCUCUAAUUUGGACUCAUCAGAGUUAUGUCAUUAUGGGGUAUUGUGUGUAUAUUUGCUGAGGAUUUGUAUUUAUUUAAUCCAUUUUAGAAUAAGGCUGUAACGUAACAAAAUGUGCGAAAAGUCAAGGGGUCUGAAUACUUUCACAAACGUAAUGCGCUGGGCCUUUACUAGUAUUAUUUGAGAUUCUUCAAAUAGCCACCCUUUGCCUUGAUGGCAGUUUUGCACAAUCGUGGCAUUCUCUCAACCAGCUUCAUGAGGUAAUCACCUGGAAAGCAUUUCAAUUAACAGGUGUGCCUUGUUAAAAGGUAAUUUGUGGAAUCUAUUUCCUUCUUAAUGCGUUUGAGCCAAUCAGUUGUAUUGUGACAAUGUAGGGGGGGUAUACAGAAGAUAGCCCUAUUUGGUAAAAGACAAAGUCCAUAUUAUGGCAAGAACAGCUCAAAUAAACAAAGAGAAACAACAGUCCAUCAUUACUUCAAGACAUGAAGGUCAGUCAAUCCAGAAAAUGUCAAGAACUUUGAAAGUAUCUUCAAGUGCAGUCGCAAAAACCAUCAAGCGCUGUGAUGAAACUGGCUCUCAUGAGGACCGCCACAGGAAAGGAAGACCCAGAGUUACCUCUGCUGCAGAGGAUAAGUUCAUUAGAGUUAACUGCACCUCAGAUUGUAGCCCAAAUAAAUGCUUCACAGAGUUCAAGUAACAGACACAUCUCAACAUCAACUGUUCAGAGGAGACCGCGUGAAUCAGGCAUUCAAGGUCGAAUUGCUGCAAAGAAACCACUACUAAAGGCCACCAAUAAGAAGAAGAGACUUGCUUGGGCCAAGAAACACGAGCAAUGGACAUUAGACCGGUGGAAAUCUGUCCUUUGGUCUGAUGAGUCCAAAUGUAAGAUAUUUGGUUCCAACCGCCUUGUCAUUGUGAGACACAGAGUAGGUGAAUGGAUGAUCUCCGCAUGUGUGGUUCCCACCGUGAAGCAUGGAGGAGGAGGUGUGACGUUGUGGGGGUGCUUUGCUGGUGACACUGUCAGCGAUUUAUUUAGAAUUCAAGGCACACUUAACCAGCAUGGCUACCACAACAUUCUGCAGCGAUACGCCAUCCCAUCUGGUUUGGGCUUAGUCCCACUAUUAUUUGUUUUUCAACAGGACAAUGACCCAACACACCUCCAGGCUGUGUAAGGGCUAUUUGACCAAGAAGGAGAGUGAUGGUGCUGCAUCAGAUGACCUGGCCUCCACAAUCACCCAACCUCAACCCAAUUGAGAUGGUUUGGGAUGAGUUGGACCGCAGAGUGAAGAUUAACUGUUUUGCACAGAUAAUUAUCAGACUCAAGUUAGAAAUGUUGGUAAACACUCAAAUACAUGUAGUUUUAACACUAUUUUUUCACAAAAGUAGUGCACUGGGCCUUUACUAGUCCUGUAUUAGCAGACCAAUAUAGAUGUCUUCAGCGCUGGCAAAAAAAAAAAAUCUACAUCCCAAAAUAAUCGCAGCCCCCGCUCCCCCAAACUACUUUCCGCGGCUAUGAGUAGCAGUCCGUAUAAUGGCAGUCCCUAAGCUGUUAGAUAGCAGUCCGUAUAAUGGCAGUCCCUAAGCUGUUAGAUAGCAGUCCGUAUAAUGGCAGUCCCUAAGCUGUUAGUUAGCAGUCCGUAUAAUGGCAGUCCCUAAGCUGUUAGAUAGCAGUCCGUAUAAUGGCAGUCCCUAAGCUGUUAGAUAGCAGUCUGUAUAAUGGCAGUCCCUAAGCUGUUAGUUAGCAGUCCGUAUAAUGGCAGUCCCUAAGCUGUUAGUUAGCAGUCCGUAUAAUGGCAGUCCCUAAGCUGUUAGUUAGCAGUCCGUAUAAUGGCAGUCCCUAAGCUGUUAGUUAGCAGUCCGUAUAAUGGCAGUCCCUAAGCUGUCUUUAGGAAGGGAACCUUCAUGUCCUGCUCUACACUGAUAACCUUAUUUACCUCCUACAGGUAAAACCCUGGUUGGCUAUAGACUGGUUGGCUGUAGACUGGUUGGCUAUAGACUGGUUGGCUAUAGACUGGUUGGCUAUAGACUGGUUGGCUGUAGACUGGUUGGCUGUAGACUGGUUGGCUAUAGACUGGUUGGCUAUAGACUGGUUGGCUAUAGACUGGUUGGCUAUAGACUGGUUGGCUGUAGACUGGUUGGCUAUAGACUGGUUGGCUGUAGACUGGUUGGCUAUAGACUGGUUGGCUAUAGACUGGUUGGCUGUAGACUGGUUGGCUGUAGACUGGUUGGCUGUAGACUGGUUGGCUAUAGACUGGUUGGCUAUAGACUGUAUCUAUAACUGGCUAUAGACUGUAUAUAUAACUGUGUUCUACAGGUUGGCUAUAGACUGUAUCUAUAACUGUGUUCUACAGGUUGGCUAUAGACUGUAUCUAUAACUGUGUUCUACAGGUUGGCUAUAGACUGUAUCUAUAACUGUGUUCUACAGGUUGGCUAUAGACUGUAUCUAUAACUGUGUUCUACAGGUUGGCUAUAGACUGUAUAUAUAACUGUGUUCUACAGGUUGGCUAUAGACUGUAUCUAUAACUGUGUUCUACAGGUUGGCUAUAGACUGUAUCUAUAACUGUGUUCUACUGGUUGGCUAUAGACUGUAUCUAUAACUGUGUUCUACAGGUUGGCUAUAGACUGUAUAUAUAACUGUGUUCUACAGGUUGGCUAUAGACUGUAUCUAUAACUGUGUUCUACAGGUUUGCUAUAGACUGUAUCUAUAACUGUGUUCUACAGGUUGGCUAUAGACUGUAUCUAUAACUGUGUUCUACAGGUUGGCUAUAGACUGUAUCUAUAACUGGCUAUAGACUGUAUCUAUAACUGUGUUCUACAGGUUGGCUAUAGACUGUAUAUAUAACUGUGUUCUACAGGUUGGCUAUAGACUGUAUCUAUAACUGUGUUCUACAGGUUGGCUAUAGACUGUAUCUAUAACUGUGUUCUACAGGUUGGCUAUAGACUGUAUCUAUAACUGUGUUCUACAGGUUGGCUAUAGACUGUAUCUAUAACUGUGUUCUACAGGUUGGCUAUAGACUGUAUCUAUAACUGUGUUCUACAGGUUGGCUAUAGGCUGUAUCUAUAACUGGCUAUAGACUGUAUCUAUAACUGUGUUCUACAGGUUGGCUAUAGGCUGUAUCUAUAACUGUGUUCUACAGGUUGGCUAUAGACUGUAUCUAUAACUGUGUUCUACAGGUUGGCUAUAGACUGUAUCUAUAACUGUGUUCUACAGGUUGGCUAUAGACUAUAUCUAUAACUGUGUUCUACAGGUUGGCUAUAGACUGUAUCUAUAACUGUGUUCUACAGGUUGGCUAUAGACUGUAUAUAUAACUGUGUUCUACAGGUUGGCUAUAGGCUGUAUCUAUAACUGUGUUCUACAGGUUGGCUAUAGGCUGUAUCUAUAACUGUGUUCUACAGGUUGGCUAUAGACUGUAUCUAUAACUGUGUUCUACAGGUUGGCUAUAGACUGUAUCUAUAACUGUGUUCUACAGGUUGGCUAUAGACUGUAUCUAUAACUGUGUUCUACAGGUUGGCUAUAGACUGUAUAUAUAACUGUGCUCUACAGGUUGGCUAUAGACUGUAUCUAUAACUGUGUUCUACAGGUUGGCUAUAGACUGUAUCUAUAACUGGCUAUAGACUGUAUCUAUAACUGUGUUCUACAGGUUGGCUAUAGACUGUAUCUAUAACUGUGUUCUACAGGUUGGCUAUAGACUGUAUCUAUAACUGGCUAUAGACUUUAUCUAUAACUGUGUUCUACAGGUUGGCUAUAGACUGUAUCUAUAACUGUGUUCUACAGGUUGGCUAUAGACUAUCUAUAACUGUGUUCUACAGGUUGGCUAUAGACUGUAUCUAUAACUGUGUUCUACAGGUUGGCUAUAGACUGUAUCUAUAACUGUGUUCUACAGGUUGGCUAUAGGCUGUAUCUCCCCGAGGUAUAUCUACCAACAGAUCAAGAAAUAUGAGAGUGAACGAACAGCCAAUCAGAGCACAUACUGGUGAGUUCCAUCCUGCUACCUCAUAUCCUGUUGUGAUCAGGAUCAUGAUGAGAUCAGUCACUGAAUCCAUGUUUAUCUCCUGUGGUGUAGCUGUGAUGAGCCAGGCUAGCAGGGUGGCUGGGUAGGAGAUGCACCUUUUAAUGUACUUAGUUCAGGUAACUGAAUAAAUGAUGAAUUGAAUGGAAGAAGUGAUGUGGUUUUAUUAAGCAUGGCUGACUGUACAUGUCUUCCAACAGGGUGGUGUUUGAGCUGCUCUGGAGAGACUAUUUCAAGUUUGUAGGAGCCAAAUACGGAGACAGACUGUUUGACAUCAAAGGUGAAGUUGGAAAGCCAGUUUCAUAUGUUAUCUUCAUAUAAAGCUUAUUGCACAUAAUCUCAUGGUUGUUAUAUGUUCUCACCAGGCCUUCAGGACAAGUCCAUCCCUUGGAAGAAGGACAUGAAUCUGUUCAAUGCAUGGAAAGGUUAGGGAGAAAUCAGUACAAAUCUGUAGUCUUUACAAUACCACUCUGAUCUACGAGGUGACUACACAGAGCUGCAUAAGGCACGUAUAGAGAACUGAAAGUCUAUUGGAUGCACGGUGGUAAAUAUACGAUGGAGUGGAUACCGUAACAGUAUUCUAACUAAUAUCUCUCAUACUACUGGGUUGUUGUAACUCCUCUGUCUCAUGUUACUCUAGAGGGUCGUACCGGGGUGCCGUUCGUUGAUGCCAACAUGCGAGAGCUGGCGCUGACGGGGUUCAUGUCUAACAGGGGGCGCCAGAACGUAGCCAGCUUCCUCACCAAGGACCUGGGACUGGACUGGAGGAUGGGGGCUGAGUGGUUCCAAUACCUGUUGGUGAGGCUCCUGGUCUGGGUCAGGGUUAGGACCUGGGUCAGGGUUAGGACCGGGUCAGGGUUAGGACCUGGGUCAGGGUUAGGACCGGGUCAGGGUUAGGACCUGGGUCAGGGUUAGGACCGGGUCAGGGUUAGGACCGGGUCAGGGUUAGGACCGGGGUCAGGGUUAGGACCGGGUCAGGGUUAGGACCGGGUCAGGGUUAGGACCGGGGUCAGGGUUAGGACCGGGGUCAGGGUUAGGACCUGGGUCAGGGUUAGGACCUGGGUCAGGGUUAGGACCGGGGUCAGGGUUAGGACCGGGGUCAGGGUUAGGACCGGGGUCAGGGUUAGGACCGGGGUCAGGGUUAGGACCUGGGUCAGGGUUAGGACCGGGGUCAGGGUUAGGACCGGGGUCAGGGUUAGGACCGGGUCAGGGUUAGGACCUGGGUCAGGGUUAGGACCUGGGUCAGGGUUAGGACCUAGGUCAGGGUUAGGACCGGGUCAGGGUUAGGACCUAGGUCAGGGUUAGGACCGGGUCAGGGUUAGGACCUAGGGCUGGACUGGAGGAUGGGGCAGAGUGGUUCCACUAUUUACUGGUGAGGCUGGGGCCCAAACCUAAAUCAACCCCUAGCCCCUGAUCCCUAGCCCCUACCCCUGAUCCCUAGCCCCUACCCUUGACCCCUAGUCCCUACCCUUGACCCCUAGCCCCUACCCUUGACCCCUAGCCCCUACCCUUGACCCCUAGCCCCUACCCUUGACCCCUAGCCCCUACCCUUGACCCCUAGUCCCUACCCUUGACCCCUAGCCCCUACCCUUGACCCCUAGCCCCUACCCUUGACCCCUAGCCCCUACCCUUGACCCCUAGCCCCUACCCCUGAUCCCUAGCCCCUACCCUUGACCCCUAGCCACUCUAGGCACAGGAUAGGACAGGUGUAUCCAAGGUGGUGGGAACUCAACCCAGCCUAUGAUAGGGAAACGUGGAACUAAAAUCAUAACGCUUUAUUUAGAUAAAUAUAUGACUGUGGGUAUACCUAUUGAAUGGUUUCAGUUCUACACCAGGCUGGUUAGGAGCUAGGAGACCAGUAGUGGACAGUUUUAUAACCUGAGGUCAUUGUUUUCGGUCUGAUCAGAUCAAUCAGUUUCAUCUCUCUGCUUCCAGGUGGACCAUGACGUGAGCAGUAACUAUGGCAACUGGCUGUACAGCGCGGGGAUAGGAAAUGACCCGAGAGAAAACAGGAAGUUCAACAUGAUCAAACAAGGACUCGACUACGACAACAACGUAUGUUUCAGUCUGACCAAUAACACUGUAGAACUACCGCAGCUUUACCUGAAGGUGAAAGGCCUGCAACACUGGCAUGUCAGAAUAGAUCAUUUACCUGAAGGUGAAAGGCCUGCAACACUGGCAUGUCAGAAUAGAUCAUCCAGUCUCCAAAGCUAGUUGCUUCAUAACUAGUUAUCUGAUGUAAUGAGGUCUGCUUCCUUGGGGUUAACACGUAGGAGGAGGAACACGCUAUAGCAAGUAACCAUACAAUUACCCAGAAAGCUUCUGCUAUGACAACUGAGACACUGGGUCUGUAAUAGGUGAUUGUCUCCUCUUCAGGGGGACUAUGUUAGACACUGGGUCUGUAAUAGGUGAUUGUCUCUUCUUCAGGGGGACUAUGUUAGACACUGGGUCUGUUAAUAGGUGAUUGUCUCCUCUUCAGGGGGGACUAUGUUAGACACUGGGUCUGUAAUAGGUGAUUGUCUCCUCUUCAGGGGGACUAUGUUAGACACUGGGUCUGUAAUAGGUGAUUGUCUCCUCUUCAGGGGGACUAUGUUAGACACUGGGUUUUGUCUCCUCUUCAGGGGGACUAUGUUAGACACUGGGUCUGUAAUAGGUGAUUGUCUCUUCUUCAGGGGGACUAUGUUAGACACUGGGUCUGUAAUAGGUGAUUGUCUCCUCUUCAGGGGGACUAUGUUAGACACUGGGUCUGUAAUAGGUGAUUGUCUCCUCUUCAGGGGGACUAUGUUAGACACUGGGUCUGUAAUAGGUGAUUGUCUCCUCUUCAGGGGGGACUAUGUUAGACACUGGGUCUGUAAUAGGUGAUUGUCUCCUCUUCAGGGGGGACUAUGUUAGACACUGGGUUUGUAAUAGGUGAUUGUCUCCUCUUCAGGGGGACUAUGUUAGACACUGGGUCUGUAAUAGGUGAUUGUCUCCUCUUCAGGGGGACUAUGUUAGACACUGGGUCUGUAAUAGGUGAUUGUCUCCUCUUCAGGGGGACUAUGUUAGACACUGGGUUUGUAAUAGGUGAUAGUCUCCUCUUCAGGGGGACUAUGUUAGACACUGGGUUUGUAAUAGGUGAUUGUCUCCUCUUCAGGGGGACUAUGUUAGACACUGGGUCUGUAAUAGGUGAUUGUCUCCUCUUCAGGGGGACUAUGUUAGACACUGGGUUUGUAAUAGGUUAUAGUCUCCUCUUCAGGGGGACUAUGUUAGACACUGGGUCUGUAAUAGGUGAUUGUCUCCUCUUCAGGGGGACUAUGUUAGACACUGUGUCUGUAAUAGGUGAUUGUCUCCUCUUCAGGGGGACUAUGUUAGACACUGGGUCUGUAAUAGGUGAUUGUCUCCUCUUCAGGGGGACUAUGUUAGACACUGGGUUUUGUCUCCUCUUCAGGGGGACUAUGUUAGACACUGGGUCUGUAAUAGGUGAUUGUCUCCUCUUCAGGGGGAUUAUGUUAGACACUGGGUCUGUAAUAGGUGAUUGUCUCCUCUUCAGGGGGACUAUGUUAGACACUGGGUCUGUAAUAGGUGAUUGUCUCCUCUUCAGGGGGACUAUGUUAGACACUGGGUUUGUAAUAGGUGAUUGUCUCCUCUUCAGGGGGACUAUGUUAGACACUGGGUCUGUAAUAGGUGAUUGUCUCCUCUUCAGGGGGACUAUGUUAGACACUGGGUCUGUAAUAGGUGAUUGUCUCCUCUUCAGGGGGACUAUGUUAGAUUCUGGGUCCAAGAGCUCCAGGGGAUCAGAGGGGGGGACGUCCACACCCCCUGGACCCUUAGCUCCGCCUCCCUGUCUCACGCACUGGUGACCCUCGACGAGACAUACCCUUCCCCCAUCGUCAUGGUGCCAGAAUGGAGUCGCCAUGCCAACAAGAAGCCGGUGGGUGUAAUUAAAGAUGUGAACUUCACAGAAAGAGGAAUUGGUGUAGUAAACAACAUAUCACUGUUUUGUGGUGUACAGUGCAUUCAGAAAUUAUUCAGACCCCUUCCCUUUUUCCACAUUUGGUACGUUACAGCCUUAUUCUAAAAUUGAUUAAAUUAAUUUGUUUCCUCAGCAAUCUACACACACAAUACCCCAUAAUGACAAAGUGAAAACAGGUUUUUAGACAUUUCAGCAAAUGUAAUAAAAAAAUACCUUAUUUACGUAAGUAUUCAGACCCUUUGCUAUGAGACUCGAAGUUGAUCUCAGGUGCAUCCUGUUUCCAUUGAUCAUCCUUGAGAUGUUUCUACAACUUGAUUGGAGUCCACAUGUGGUAAAUUCAAUUGAUUGGACAUGAUUUGGAAAGGCACACACCUGUCUAUAUAAGGUCCCACAGUUGACAGUGCAUGUCAGAGCAAAAACCAAGCCAUGAGAUCAAAGGAAUUGUCUGUAGAGCUCCGAGACAGGAUUGAAGGUCCCCAAGAACACAGUGGCCUCUGUAGCUCAAUUGGUAGAGCAUGGCGCUUGCAACGCCAGGGUAGUGGGUUCGAUCCCCGGGACCACCUAUACGUAAAAAUGUAUGCACACAUGACUGUUAGUCGCUUUGGAUAAAAGCGUCUGCUAAAUGGCAUAUUAUUAUUUAUUAUUAUCAUUCUUAAAUGGAAGAAGUUUGGAACCACCAAGACUCUUCCUAGAGCAGGCCGCCUGGCCAAACUGAACAAUCGGGGGAGAAGGGCCGUGGUCAGGGAGGGGACCAAGAACCAGAUGGUCACUCUGACAGAGCUCCAGAGUUCCUCUGUGGAGAUUGGAGAACCUUCCAGAAGGACAACCAUCUCUGCAGCACUCCACCAAUCAGGCCUUUAUGGUAGAGUGGCCAGAUGGAAGCCACUCCUCAGUAAAAGGCACAUGACAGCCCACUUGGAGUUUGCCAAAAGGCACCUAAAGACUAUCAGACCAUGAGAAGCAAGAUCCUCUGGUCUGAUGAAACCAAGAUUGAACUAUUUGGCCUGAAUGCCAAGCGUCACGUCUGGAGUGGCGCAGUGGUCUAAGGCACGGUCUCCUGAGUGGCGCAGUGGUCUAAGGCACUGCAUCGCAGUGCUAACUGUGCCACUAGAGAUCCUGGUUCGUAUCCAGGCUCUGUCGCAGCCGGCCGCGACCGGGAGACUCAUGGGCGGCGCACAAUUGGCCCAGCGUCGUCCAGGGUAUGGGAGGGAAUGGCCGGCAGGGAUGUAGCUCAGUUGAUAGAGCAUGGCGUUUGCAACGCCAGGGUUGUGGGUUCGAUUCCCAUGGGGGGCCAGUAUAAAAAAAAAAAUGUAUUCACUAACUGUAAGUCGCUCUGGAUAAGAGCGUCUGCUAAAUGACUAAAAUGUAAAUGUAAAUGUAAAUGUAAAAAUGGAGGAAACCUGGCACCAUCCCUACGGUGAAGCAUGGUGGUGGCAGCAUCAUGCUGUGGGGAUGUUUUUCAGCGGCAGGGACUGGGAGAACAGUCAGGAUCAAGGGAAAGAUGAACGUGCAGAGUACAGAGAGAUCCUUGAUGAACACAGCCAAGACAACGCAGGAGUGGCUUCGGGACAAGUCUCUGAAUGUCCUUGAGUGGCCCAGCCAGAGCCCGGACUUGAACCUGAGCGAACAUCUCUGGAGAGACCUGAAAAUAGCUGUGCAGCGACGCUCUCCAUAUGAUCAGAUGUUUAGUGGUGUAUGUAGAGCAUCUCUAGAAUGGCUCUACCAGUUAUGAUCAAUGUAUAUAGCGAAGGAAAGCAAAGGAACCAAGUGGUCAUAAGAAUAAUGUAAGAAUUGAAUUGAUUCAUUCCAUGUGUUUGUGCUAACUUAACCUGUCUCAGAAAUACAUCACUUCACGGUCAUUGUCUCUUGAGACAUUUUAGUUGUUAUGUGAACCUGUCUUACUUCAAGGCCGUUCUAUUGACAGGUUUCAGUUCUAAAUGUAAAGUAAUCUCUCCUGCAGACUGGUGCUGGCCCCUCGGCCAGAGGAAAGAAGGGGCCGUCCCACACCCCUAAACAACACAAGGACAGAGGAAUAGACUUCUACUUCUCCAAGAGCAAGAACUUCUGAUGGAGCUGAACUGACUGAACUGUUGGGCUUCCACAAGGCAAUGGUUUGAGCCAUCCCUGCU